AUUGCAAAAGCGGAGGCUUCUGUACCAAGCCAAAUGCAGCAGCAGCAGCAUCAAGAACCACCAGCAGCUAUGACAUCUCCAUCUCUAUGAAACGUGCCUUCUCUGCAGACCAUGGGAGGGAUCAUGUGCGGUGCUGCAAAAGGAGACUUGAUUUAUUCUAUUUCCAUCAUCUUGCUUUGGCUGAGGCAGUUGCCGGCUGAGGAGUCAGGCUGGGCAGGUAAGUGUUUGGAUCACUGUGCAGGAGGGCAGGAUAAAAAGUGGGAACAGUUUUAUCAAGGGGGGGGAGAGACAACACUCUGAUUAAGGCUGCAAUCUUCACCCCACUUACCUAGGAGUAAAUUCCACUGAAUUUAAUAGCACUUACUUCUGAGUAUACAUGGGAUUGUGCUGUAAUGCAUAAUCCACCAAACGACAGUAACUGAGAUAUGAGUGGAAAUCUUGCAAACCUUCAUUUUAAACAGCGCAUUUACCUCUUGGUAUAUGCAAUACUUGCAUGAAAGGAUGGAUGCUUAGCUGGGAGCACACCUGAACAGGUUUCAGCACUUUUGAUAAGAAAAUGCUAAAUGCACCAGAUUGCUGUGAACAUAAACCAUAGGUGUAGAAGAUGCUGCCUUCUCUCUCCCUCCCUCCCUCCCUUCAAGCCAUGAAGCUCUAAUUCAGAAGCAACAAGUUCGUUUAAGAAAGGAUGUUCAACAGGUAUGCCCCUGGGAGUGGCUAUAGAAAUAGAACUGCAGAUUUUCCAUUUCUUCUUACCACAGUCCUAGGUUGGUAGGACCAGAAGGGGUACUGAAUGGCAGCUGUGCAGCUCCACAGUUGAACUAAACGCAGAAGUCUUUAAUUGUAGACUUGUCACAGGGGUCAAAAACAUUCUGUCAGUCAUAAAGCCACCCAUGCAUAAGAGAGCUGCUUACUUGCAAUGCAUAGGCUUCAUUAACAUCUCAGCUGUAAAGUAAGUUUCUAGUCCUCAUGAGAACAAAGCAGUGUGGAAACCUGACGGUAGUGUGUUAGAGAGCAAGCUUCUAAUAUGUGCAGAAUGCUUCUAACCCUGAAACACUUGCUUAUUUAAUUCCUUGAAUUGCUUAAGGACUGCAACACACACACACACACACACACACACACACACACACACACACACAGACACCACUUGAUCUAGGAGGCCAUACAAUCUGAGUUGAAAGGAGUGGGGGUGAAACUAAUUUCAUGUGUCUGAGGUUUUCUGCUAUAUGAACCUUUUGUUAAUUGUUCCUUUAAAAUUCAGAAGGAAAUAAUCUGAAACCUUUUUAACCUUCAGGAAUGUCUAUAUUGCUUACAGAACAGUGGCAGAUUAAUUAAGAGCUUGUGACAUUAACCAUAUUUGCCAAGUUAUUGCUUUGUACAAUUAAAUGAACGGAAGAUUGUUUUGAACUACAGUGAACUUUCAUGAAUAUUCAAUAAAGAAAAAUGCAUCUGUUCUUCGAAACGUAGGAAAUGCAGGACCAAAAUGCAAGGCAAAAACUGGCAGAUAAAUGUACAGACACCCAAAUUUCUAAUCCCUCAGAUUUCUAAUCCUUCAAAUCUGCCUAGUUUCUGCAUAUUGCUUUCUAAUCCAGAGUGGAUUAGGUUGAAUCUGUUCUUUUGGAUUUGGAGAUCACUGAUUGGCCAGUCCUUGUGAUAAUAUUAUGCUACGACCAUCCCUUCUUCAGACCAGAGGGGUGUGCAACAUUAAUUGGCUGAACCUUGUAGUCAUUUUUUAAUGUCAGACUUCUACCCUUCUCCGACCAGCUAUUUUUUUUAGGUUUUACCCUUUUUAGAAAAGAGCUAACUAGGUAUUUUAUUAGGUGAACAUGCUAAGCAUUUAUCCAGGAUAGGGGGAAGGGAGCGUGGACAUCCUUCUGGAAGCAUGUGGGGAAGAAUGAACAGGAAAAGGCAAUUGGAUUCUUGGGGAGGGAUGCAACUUCAUACUUCCUGGUUCUGGCUUCCACUUAGCAGAACCAGCUAGUUGAAUAUGACCCAGGGUUCCUCCAGAUGAUGCAUUUAGUGAGCAAAGUUUGCAUGGAGGUUAUGCAAAGUUUACUCUUUAUUGAGCAUUCAUCCAGAUUUGCUUGCGGGGAGGUUAUACGUCUUUCUGUCAAUCACAUGUUACCCCACACUUUUUAGUACAUUUUCCUAACUGCAAGAAGUUUUUUUAAAAAGAAAGAAAGAAAGGAGUGGGGGAAGUGGAUUCAUUGAGCCCUUUAAUCCUAUGAAUUGCAUAAUCUUAAAUUUCCAAUAUCCAGCUGAAUCCUUCCCACAAAAUAGAGGCCAACUCACUCAAUAUAAUGCAGUAUCUUUAUAGAAGGAAAGGAGUGGGAAGUGCAGAGUUCACAACACAGUCAACCCCUUUCCCCGUCCAAACUCCACUUCACAGAUGCAUGAAGUAUGCACUCUAAUGUUUACUCUUUUUUGUCCUCACUAGGGCAAAACACUGCCCCUCUAGCCCUCUCAAGACAACACCAAGGUUGCAGGUUCAAUCCCUGUAUGGGACAGCUACAAAGUCCUGCAUUGCUGGGAGUUGGACUAGAUUAUCCUUAGACUCCCUUCCAGCUUGACAAUUCUGGAAUUGGACAGCUACUUUCAUAGUAACAGAGCAAUCUAGACCCCCCUUUAUACCAGGAUAGGGGUGGAUGGCUUGUAUCAGAUGGAGACUCCCCCCACGCCAGCUCGUACAGUCAAGGCAGCCUCCUCAUUGGUGAAGUGAAAACACCAGACUCCCUUUUCCAGCCAUCAAAUGUGUGGCUGAGGAUUAAAACCAAAUAGUGGGAUGCCUGUUGGCUGGAGCCAUCAGAAAGAGCUGAAAUGGGACACUUGAAGGUUUGGAGAGGGCAGGGUUGACCUGACAAAUCCACUGGAUCCCAAAUUGGUCCCUCUGCUACCACAUAAUUGCAUCGGGCCUGUUCCCUGUGCCAUUCUGGAGUUGGUGCAAUGAUCAGCACUGAUCAUCCUCUUUCUGCCCACUCCACUCCACUGUCUGCCACAAAUCCUCACCAGCAAGGAACAGAGGGAGGUAUGGGUUAGGAUUGUUCUGUAAAUGUAGUGCCAAAUUGUCAGUUGCUGAUUCAGUGUGCUUGACUUUGGCAAAAGCCUGUAAAUCGAGGAAUAGGGAUCUCCAGAGGUUGUUGAACUACAGCAUGGGUAGGCAACCUAAGGCCCAGGGGCUGGAUCUGACCCAAUCUCCUUCUAAAUCUGGCCCGCAGAUGGGCCGGGAAUCAGCGUGUUUUUACAUGAGUAGAAUGUGUCCUUUUAUUUAAAAUGCAUCUCUGGGUUAUUUGUGGGGCAUAGGAAUUUGUUCAUCCCCCCCUUCAAAAUAUAGUCUGGCCCUCCACAAGAUCUGAGGGACAGUGGACCGGCCCCCGUUUGCUGAUCCUGGACUACAGCUUCCAUAAUCCAUGACCAUUGGGCAUGUUGAUUGAGACUGAUGGGAGCUGGAAUGCAACAGCAUCUAGGCUGGAGAAGCCCUCUAUUGGAACAGCUUUCUCCCUAAUCAUGAAGGCUCAUUUUGCCCAUAAAGCAGAACUAUCAUCAAAAUUCUACAAAUAAGAAAGAAGUACAAACCAGGACAAAUGUAGUACCAUCCCAUAACUGUCUGUAGCGUAAGAAACAGCAAAGCAACGUAGUUUAAACAAGCUUAUUUCAUCACAUUUACUCACCAAAACCACACCUGUAAAUAUCAGCCAGAAUAACCUUGUGGGAAAACGCCUUCUUAACGCCCCCCCCCCCCGAACUGAGAGUGGGUGGCACUGUGGUCUAAACCACUGAGCCUCUUGGGCUUGCUCAUCGGAAGGUCGGUGGUGUGAAUAUGCGCAACGGGAUGAGCUCCCAUUGCUCUGUUCCAGCUUCUGCCAACCUAGCAGUUCAAAAGCAAACUAAUGCAAGUAGAUAAAUAGGUACUGCUGCAUCGGGAAGGUAAAUGGUGUUUCCAUGCGCUCUGGUUUCUGUCAUGGUGUCCUGUUGUGCCAGAAGCAGUUUAGUCAUGCUGGACACAUGACCUGGAAAGCUGUCUGUGGACAAACACCGAGCUGGCCUGAAGCAAGAUGAGCGCCACACCCCAUAGUCACCUUUGACUGGAUUUAACCAUCCAAGGGUCCUUUACCUUUUACCUUACCCCAAAUAUAGCAAUCUGUGGUCAGCUACUAUAUGCCUUCAGCAAAAUUUGCCUUAACACGGCUAUAAAGCUCUCUGUGAGUUAAUGUGGGAGGAGGGAGUGUGGUUCAAGGAAAAAUUAAUCUGAUUGGCUGUGUGGUGCUUUGAUGCGCUUAUACUAGCUCUGUGACCCCUGAUUGGCUUGACCAUGUAGCCAGGAAAAGGAGAAACCAUUAAAAAAACAAAUGUGCCAAAUCAGCUACAACGACAGCAAUGAACCCAGGUGAAAUGAUGCCCUAAAUGCUUUUUUUGGGGGGUGUAUUAUCCACAAAAAUCCAACUCAGUCUAGUCUCCAUGCAAGAAGUCUAGUCCAUUCCAAGAAGCCAGCAUUAUGGUUAUACUUGUGAAACAGAGAAUGGAAAGUGGUUGAUGAAUCUGCUCUCAAGAACAAAGGCUGCUUUUGACUGGCAAGACUUGUCUGGGUCUGUUGGCUAUUUGGAUAGGUACAGUAGGAUGUUAGUGGGGGUUUCCCCCCUGUGUGCUGCUUUUCUCCUAUGACCUUUCAGAGUUCAUACUAGGGCUUUGAACAGUUAUUUAUGUUUCCUCAGGGACAUGGAAUGCAGUCCACUCCCAGGUGCACCAUGAAAUCAUAAUACCUCAGUGGCGAUCAGAUGGAAGCUCUGACAAUGAUAAGGUAGGUUGCUUAGCCACAAUAACAGGAAACGAGCUGUGCUUUCUCAUCCCUUUCAAAUAACCAUUAUCCUCCUGAUACAAUCAUUGGUGGGAAUUAUAUAGCAGUGACAGUCUGGCUGUGAAGUGCCUUGUAAAAUCUGCCUAAGCUGGAUAGAGUGAUGGUCAUAUAAACUCAUAUACCCAUUAUCAAUACCGAGAGGAAUGAAGGAAGCUGUCUUAUACUGAGUCAGACCUUUGGUCUAUCUAGCUCAAUCAAUAUUGUCUAUGCUGACAAUAUUGGUCUUUUGUGUAUAGUGGUCUUUUGUGUAUUGCAAGUGCGUUUUUGUGACUAUGUUUUCUUAGUGCCUCUUGCUGCUUCCCUUAGAUCCUUUAUCACCACUAGUGAUAAAGGGCUUUUUGGCAUGGGGCCUGGGAGAAAGAGUGUGAUAGCCUUAUCAGUGUUUAUAUUAGUUAACAGUGCAUCAGUUCUGUUCACCCAUCCUGCUAAGUAGGCCACUCAUCUUGUAAAGAUGAGUAAGCAAGACGUAAGACUGUGUGAUUUGCAGAAGACAAUUUCAAACCACUGGGUUGAUCCAUCUGGUUCUCAAAAGGCUUGGAAGCAGCUUGUAAGCCCCCCCACACACUAGAGCAUCUGUAGCCCCUCUAGUCACAUAAGGAUACCAUGCUGUGAACUAGCCUACACAAAGAGGCAACAGUUCUCGAGACUGCAGCAGCUGGAAAAGCUGAAGCUGUGGCCUCAAAAAUGCCUGCCAACUUUUUCUGUGCACAGCCGAAUUCUCACUAAUGCUUCCCCUUUCCCCCUUGAUUGUGGUACCAUGUGGUUCCUUGUAUGAUGCACAGGAAUCGGAUUCUGUAUGCUUGGCAUUGGAUAUAGUCAAUAGUGCUGUUCGUCUUCCACCUGCUCCAAGCCAACAUUGGGAGUUUCUCCAACUGCAAUCCAGUUAAGACCAUGGGUCCCUCUCGCUCAAGACUGUCCACACUGACAGGCAGUGGCUGUUCAGGGUUUUAGGCAAGGAACACUUCUGGUCCUGCCUGGAGAUGCAGGAGAUUGAAGCUUGGACCUACUGUGUGCAAAGCAGAUGCUCUCCCAUUGAGCCACAGCCCUUCCCCGGUUAUUUCCUACAAAAAUGUCACAGAUGUGCAGCAGAAUUAUCUGAGGAGUUCAGCUAGUUGUUGUUGGCUGUCUCUGUUUUGGCUGUGUGGAAGCACCAGACAGAUGGGAAGCAGAGAUUUAAUCAAAGCAAGCAUCAGUUUUCCUCUACUGCUAUGUGUGUGGCCAUGCAAAUGUGCUUUUGAUCAAAGGGACGGUCCAGCUCUGUGGCCCGUUUGCUAUCAGAUCCCUUGCAGAGCUGACGAAGAAGGAUGUGUCAAUAAGGGCAAGAGGGCAUUGCUAUUUCUUUUCUGUCCUUCUCUCUUGCUCAGAACAAGUUGCUCAACAAAGAGAUUGCACAGGCAACUCUCGAGCUGGGAACUGAACCCACAUCUCCUGAGUCUCUGCCCUGCACAUUAGCCACAAAGUGCUCUCUCCCUCCUCCUGCUCAUGCAAGCUCUCAAAAAUGUUCCUGAAUGCUCUAAAAUGAAACUGGAAAAAUCGUUUAAAAUUAGGCAUGAGAAGGGGGGCACAUCUGUUGCCACUAUGAAUAGUCAAGGACCAUGUUGAUAUAUGAAUAGGAAAAGAGGAUGGUGUUCUCCAUAGAAGUUGUAGCAAACAUUGGUGUGUGUGUGUGGAAGCACUAGAAAUGCAGAAGCUGGAGGCUAUUUUGGUUGAACAAUUUGCUGCUCAGUGUGGGCGAGGUUCCUUCAUAGACCACACUUAGGACGGGAACAUGUUUAACAAUGGUGCAAUUUUGAUUACUUGGGACAACCAACAUUACUCACUUUCCUUCUUAUUAACAGGCUGUGGUUUGUUUUUUUAUGAGGGUGCAUGGGGGGAGGUGAUAGCGAUUUCCUGCCUCAUCCAUCUGCUCUGCCUUUGACACUUCAGCUAAUAUUUGCCAAUUUCCACCUUGCAGCCUUCGUAAGCCACCACAAAGAAUCAUUAGCCAAGUUCCGCUUCUGAGAGAACAUACUGUAAUAUCCAUAGUAGGGUUGGAAGGGAACCCAAGCGGCAUCUCAUCCAACCCCCUACAAUGCAGGACCCAGAGCUAAAGAAUCCCUGACAGAGGGCCACCCAACCUCCAGUGAAGGAGGCUGGGUGGGUGUUAGAUAGGCAUUAUUAGGGUUUGCAUCAUUCCCAAUCAGCCAAUGAUUUCCUAAACUUCGUUGUAUUGUGUUUUGCUUGUCCUUUGAAUCAGUCUUGAAUAGUAAUGUCUUGACCAACCAACGUCGCAGUGGCAUGCAUCAUGCACAAAUCUACAAGUUCCUGUCAACGUCACAAUGGCUAUGCUCUGUCUUCACAGCUGCAAGCAGUACACAUGUGCCCAUUGGUGGGAAUCACAAGUGGGGAGAGUGCUGCUGCGCUCACGUCCUGCUCUUAGGAUGGCCACUGUGAGAACAGGAUGCUGGCCUGAUCCAGUAGAUGCUUCUUAUGUUCUUAUCCACUCUCUAGCCCUGCUUUUCCUUUACAUUCAAGCCAGUCCAUUCAGUACAGCUGCACUGGACCCAGGAAGGGAAUUUUAAUUUGGCGUUCAUCAUGGUUUGCUCCAGAAAUGGUCUGCCAGUGUUCUUCUCUGUUUGUGUUAUGGUCUGGUAUACCACUGUGGGCCAAUAAGCCUGCAAUCCAGUUGCACCCUGGAAGUUGGUCUUAUUGAACUCCGCUGGAUUUGCUUCUAAGUAAACAGUCAUAGCAAUUGGGUUGAAAGUGAUCUGCAGUCUACUGUUUGAGAAUCAGUGAAAUAAAAUAUUUGCUAUUCUUUUUCAACUUUUGCUUAAUAUCUUGAUUCUGUCGUAAGCCAGAAAUGCAGAGAGUGUGUAAACCUUUUGUUUCUGUGUUGUACGCAGCACCCACCCAGAGCGGAAGUAGAAAUAACAGCUGAAGGAAGAAACUUCAUCUUGGAUGUUGAGAAGAAUGAGUAAGUAACCUUGGAUGAAAAGGCAGGGUACAUUUAAAUAUACACUCCUGUUAAUCUAUUGUGUGAACUAAGCAGAGGUUAUCCGCCGUUUUGAACUCCAAACAGGGCACUCUUGUUCCUUUAAUAAAAGUUCAGUUAGUGGAACAUCUUCUGUUAUGGUGUUGUAUAGCUGUCAAAAUGCAAAGGCAGAAGAUGUUGAGCAAGCCUCCAAAAGAGACUUGUGAAACUCAUACACAAACAAACCACAAAAACUCUAGCUUGUUCCUGUUCCUAGGCACUAGAAAUGGGAUUACGUAAAUCAGAGGUAACGUCAGGCCCAGGGGUUAUGUCCCUACAGGCAUCUCUAGCUGGUCUGUGGGAUGCCCUAUGCCAUGCCACGCCCUUAGCCAUCCUCAGAGCCUUCUUCAACUGCUUUUGUCUUGCUGGUUAUGUGUCCUUGAACUGUAAUUAUUUUAUUGAUUGAUUGAUUGAUUGAUUGGUUUCAAUUUAUAUACUGCCCUAUAUCUGGACGUCUCAGGGCGGUUCACAGAAUAAAAUCAAAUUAUAAAACCACAAAAUACAGAAUCAAAAUAAAAACAAAAAUAAUCCAAUAACUCCCCCCCCAAAACCCCCCACAUUUUAAAAGGCCACUUGCUUGACUAGAUCGAAGAUGAAGAGGCGUGGGUGCAGAAACUUCUGGCUUUUGCAUAGUUGGAAUGUAGCCAAUGCUAUGAAGGUAAGAGUCACAUUAUUGCUUUGCCCACUUUUGUCUCGAGCUGCCCAGCUUGUCCGGAGUUUUGGGCUGGGCUGCCAUCAGUAUGCAGAUGACACCCAACUCUAUCUGUUGAUGGAUGGCCAUCCUGACUCGGCCCCAGACACACUGACCAGAUGUUUGGAAGCUGUGGCUGGAUGGUUACGUGGGAGCCGGUUGAAGUUAAAUCCUUCGAAGACAGAGGUCCUUUGGCUGGGAAGGGACGAUAUGGGAUUGGGGGGGCAACUCCCAUCUCUUGGGGGGUUCAAUUAGUGCCAGCACCGUCCGUUAAGAGUUUGGGUGUAAUCUUCGACACCUCCCUUUCCAUGGAGGCGCAGAUUGCAGCUACAACAAAGGCGGCAUUUUUUCAUCUCCGCCAAGCUAAGCAGUUGGCUCCUUACCUCUAUCGCCCUGACCUAGCCAAUGUGAUCCACGCAACGGUCACCUCCAGACUGGAUUAUUGUAACUCGCUCUACGUGGGGCUGACCUUGAGACUGACCCAGAAACUCCAGCGGGUGCAGAAUGCCGCGGCGAGACUCCUUAUGGGGUCCUCGCUGCGAGACCACAUUCACCCAGUGCUAUACCAGCUGCACUGGCUCCCGGUGGAGUACAGGAUCAGGUUUAAGGUGCUGGUUUUAACCUUUAAAGCCCUAUACGGCCUAGGACCCUCGUACGUAUGGGACCGCCUCUCCUGGUAUGUCCCACAGAGGAACCUACUGUAGCACCCUGCUUGUGGUUAACGCUUAGCUGGAAUGAAAUAUUCAAUGCAGCAAUAGAGAAAUUAAAAUAAUAAUUUAUUUGUCAGACAAAUAAAUGAGAGACACAGUGGUAUAUGGUUACCAAAGCUCUGCCCACUCCAGCCCUGAUGGCCAGCAUUUAUAUUUCCUCAGCCCAGCCCCCUUGCUCCUCCUUUGGCUGCCUCUGUCCAAUCAGCCUGGUUGAAAUUCCUAUUGGCUGUUUGCUAGAACCAAUCAUAAAAGAUACACCCAUUUCCUAUUACCUUUUAUGGGAGACAAAGAGCUAUAUUUCCUUCUAUCCAUAAAUGGCAGACAAGUAGCCAUAUAUCUUACAUUUGCCUCGACCAGGCACCUUAAUUACCAGAUCAUCUUUGCCCUAUUGCCCUAUUGCCCUAUUGCCCUUUCAUUCCAAAACAGAUGGCUAAUGGUUUUAAUCUUUAUCUUAAACAGAGAUCUUGGGUUCACCUUCUCACACCAUCAAUGAAAUAAGAAUCUAACAUAAGAAUCUAACAUUUCUUACUUUCUAAAUCCUUUGCAUAAUUACAUUUAAGCCAAUAUAUUUCAUACAUAACAUAUAUAGAUUUUUAGAAGAAAAGGCCUUUUCAAAGUAAAAAGAACUUAGUAAAAACAGUUUCCAAACGCAACCCCUUUCAAGCCAGCUGCUGUUCCCAUUAGCUCUUGCCCUUUAACCUUAUGAAAAUAUGGCUCAAGUCUAAUGGGAGGCACCUAGUAUUAUUUUCUGUUAAACAAUAAAUCUCACUAUUUACCAACUCUUAAUUAGUGUUUUUUGCAGCUUGAUUGUAUUCUGUAAUUUGUAUGGUCAGUGUGACCUUUUGCUCCCAGCCUGUAAUUUCCUUUUACAACCCUGAGGCACUGCUAUAGAUCAGAGGGGCCCUGUUUAGGAAGAUAAACAUCUGCCAAAGCACCCAGCCAGCUGCUUUAUGCCUGGCAUAAAACAUACAAACAUUUGCAAAUAUAUUUUUUAAGCUCAUUUUAAAAUGCAUACCUUGAUCUGAUGCCUCACUACGGUCUUCAAAUAAAAACAUCCUGAAGGUCCCAGGCCACAGAGAGGUUAGGCUGGCCUCAACUAGAGCCAGAGCUUUUUCGGCUGUGGCUCCAAUCUGGUGGAACGCUCUGUCACAAGAGACUAGGGCCCUGCGGGACUUGACAUGUUUCUGCAGGGCCUGCAAGACGGAGCUGUUCUGCCAGGCCUUUGGUCGGAGUUCAGUCUGACUCCCUCUCCCCUUUCAUAAGAACUUGCAUGAAAGUGGCCUCCCAAUUUUUCUCACAGGCCCAUAUAAGUUCAGCACAAACAGUUGGGCCUGGGGCGCAUUUAAGGUCCCCAACCCUAAUCUGCGGGUUGCCAUCUGAUUGGAUUUUAUUCUGAUCCUGAUCUGAUUUGAGGAUGUAUUUUAAUUGAUUGUCUGAUUUUAUGUUAAUGUGUUAAAGAUUUGAUGUUAGCCGCACUGAGCCUGGCUUCGGCUGGGGAGGGCGGGAUAUAAAUAAAAAUUAUGAUGAUGAUGAUGAUGAUGAUGAUGAUGAUGGACCACCUGUUGGGAACUGCAGUUCUAGAUCAUUUAUAGAUAAAUUGCAUUACCUGCAGAAGUUAUAAUUGUAUGCAAUAUAACUUUCUCUGUGGGGGCACCUACUCUAUGGGAUGACUUCCCCUUGGAGAUGAGCCUAGGCACCAACUGUUGGGUGCUUCCAGUGUGCUUAGAAAACUUAUCCAUUAUUUUAAAAAUUGCAACCCCCCCACAACAACUUACCUAUUUCCUCAGACAUUUCUAGGCUGUUUCUAUACCAGUUUUUAGCACCCUGAUUACUGUAACUAACGUUAAGAUUUUAUUGGUUUUUUGGGGGGAGGGGUAUGUUUUAUGAUUUAUUGUUGUAAACUGCUUUGAUACUCUCCGGAAUGAAAGACACUAGAAAUAGUUUUAUUUAUAAGUAACUGUAAUAUAGGGGAUGAGGGGGAUGUUCAUCAUAUUUGCAGAGGACAAAUAGUAAAUAGAUAAAUAGUAAAAUUAUCAUUAUGGAGUAGGAUGUCUCUAUUUUCAUCGGAGAAAUAUUGGCGGGUAUGCCAGUGUAGGCCAUAGUGGCUUAUGCCACAAUUGGAGAAACUGUUUUUCUGUUUCUAUCUAAUUAUUCAGCUACCCAGAAGGAAUUCCAUUCCUCGGAAAGAAAGACUAUUGCUACUUUAAUUUGACUGAGUGCCUUUAAUCACUUUAAGCACUUCUGGGUUCACAGGGCUGAUGGAUACACAGAAUCACAAGGAAACGGUCUAAAUGCUCUCAAUCCUUUGCAGUUGCUGUUGGUCCUGUGAAGAAAGCAGCGCUCGAGUCCUACAAAUAGUCAGCGGCAGGCCUUUGUUAAAAAGUCUGUAGGCCUUCCCAAUGCCUCCAGAAAAGAUUUUGUCUUAAUAAGCCAGACUGGAACCUUCUGAGAGCAGGCAGCCCGCCCUGAAAUGCUACUUGCUAAACAUGUUCCAACAGCUAAGGCGAGAUAGGGGAAGAGAAAUUGACACAUCUUACAUUGCUAAACACAUGCUAGAUUUCUCUUCAGCACAGCUUCUAAUACAAACCAUGAAACCGCAUGCUUGCAUUGGCUUUUGGGAAAUGAUUAGAGUACCGUUAAAUGUAUUCAAUAUACUCUGUUAUGAAGUCAGGGUGUAGCUGCACAGCAUGCCCUUUAACUGAGAAAUUGGGUCCUCCCUUAAAGAGGGCACAUGUUGCGGUGAGACCUGGGAACCAAACCCUGCGUUGUGGGUGGGUAUGAUCGGAUAGCCACAACACCCAAUUGGUAGGUCCCUUGAUGCAGGGUUUAAUCAGGCCAGUGGGAUGCAGGUUAAAUCGAUCAAGGGACCUAUAUAUACCUAUAUAUACCCAGAGCUUCCUCUUUCAGUGCAUGCAUCGGAACACCCGCCCACCUCUCCCUAUUUUUAGGGUUUUGCGCUUGACCUUGCUAUGCCGUCGUGUGUCGUCUGUCGUUGGGACAGGAGCACGGCAGGACUUUUCCCCACUUGGCUGAUUGGCUGGUGCCAUUUGGGUUUCACCUGCCACGUAGCAAAUCGUCACAACUUAUAAGGUUGCGGAUAGGCUCUGGUUCAGGUGAUAGGGAUGGGAGAGCGAUCUCGCCAUCUCUAUGUGAAGGGUUAUUCCGUUAAAGGAAUCCAGAGACUUGAUGGUUUGGUCUACCCCUGAGAGAGGGUUGUGCCCGUGCCUGAGUCCAAGGGGGCAUUUGGGUGGUGGAGAUAGCCUGUUCCCGGCUUUCUGCUUAUCCAGGUGUUCACCCUAGACUGACCUAUGCUGGUCCCCUGAGUCAGCGCUACCUGCAAUGGUGCAGGGAGCUAGUUGAAGCAGAGCCUAUGCAACCACUCACUUGCUGUAAUCAUUAAAGUUGUGGCCUAAAUUCUGCCAAAACCCAAACCCAAAUUUGAGUCUUGUCUGAAUUUAUUUAAGGGGGAGGUUUAAAGGUCUGAACAUGCAAAAAUCUGUUGUCUGCUCCAAAGAAUUGGUUUGGGUCUGCAGCCUAACAGAAACAGGACUUUUGUCCAGUUGCUUUUACAUUUCUGGUGUUUUGGGAUUGUGUGGAAUUGUGAAGGGAAAGCUGUGAGUGGUGGAAGAGAAUUGGCAGAAGCAGAGUCUCUUGAGCAAAACAUUAGCAGUAGAUUAACUCUGAGCAUGAUGACAUAAUUUCCAGGUGUCUCCUGGGAACCAUGCUGUGCUAUUUUCAUCUAAGGCCUGCUCUCAACAGGCUAGCAAAACGGAACACAUAUAUUGUGUUUACUUCCUGAGUUGGGGCCCUCAUUCCUCUAAACACAGACCCGCACAGCCAUUCAACUUUGCAAGGGGCUGCAGGAGAAAAUGUACAGGGCUCAUAGUUGUCUGUGAUGUGUAAUAAGUACAACUCCUCACUUGGCUACUGGUAGAGACUUUCAUCAAGAGCUCCAAACAUAGAAUGCUAGUUCUUUGCCAGUAUAAUUUUUAUACUAGUAUAUUUUUCUUUUCUUUUCUGGUUAUUUGUUUUUAAUCAAUGCCCUUUUAAAUGUGUUGUGGGAGGGGGGUUAUUGGUCUGUUGUUGUUCUUAAUUUUAUUAUGGAGCUUAUUUCCGAGUAGGUUUGUGUAGUAUUGCACUGUUAGUAUUCUGAAGUAAGUUCAACACAUACUUGAGCUUAGUUUCAGCACAUCUGAGGAUACUUUGAGUAUGUUAGAAACUAACAAUUUACGUUUUGUUGGUGGUUAUAGCUGGGAUUGAGGAGGUUCAAGCUCUAUUUAAUUGCACAGGAAGUUACUCUAUUAGCUAUUAUCUCUGAACAGGUUCCCAGACACCUGGUGCAGCCCAAUUGAUUAUUAAAUGAUUUGUCGAGAUGUUUAAGCUCUGCAGCUGCAAAGCAGAAAAUCCAAGGCAGAUGGAUCACAAAAUAGAUGGAGACAGGUUCUAAGAAUAACAUUGGCCAUAGUUCAGGAAGAACCUCACAUGUAAACAGAUUUGUUUUAAACUUCGUGUGCAUUUUUGAAAGAAAGACAGAAUUCCCCUUUGGCCGAAGAUAGCAAGGUUGAAAAUGUGACGAACAUAUCAGUAAUGAAUGACAAAAGACUAUGCCUAAGAACUUGUCCCUUUGGAUGAAGAGGGUAAUUUUUAGAAGAGAAGCUGUACUGAAGAAGAAGAAAAUAUUAUACUGCUAGUGAGGAUCUUGUUUUAGAAUGGAAGGUUGUUACUGGUAAUCUAAAAACAUUCCUGUGUCACCUGUGUGGUUUGCUCCAUUUUGCUUGACAAGGAAGGCAUGGCAUUUAAUGGUGGCAAUGAGCCUUGGCACAGGUUUGUUUAGAAAGGGAAUUUAUUUAUUUCAGGCUGGGAAGAAUUCAUUGUGAUGGUAGCCAAGACAUGCAGUCGUUGGCUAGUUGACACAGAAAAUGCUCUGGCUCUCAGCCCUGCUCAAAUAUCUAAUUCUGGAAUUACUGUACCUUGGAAAACAAAACUGACAAAUCCACUGUACUGUUUCCAUGUGUUAGGGCUAACCCCCCACUGCUGCCUGAGAUUCUGAGCUGCUGGAUACAGGGUCACUUCCAUUAUAAUUUCCUGCCUUAUCUGGUUUCCUUUCCAGUGCUUGUUUAAGCAAACAGAAAACUGGAAAGAAACGUGGCUGUUGCCUGUUUCAGCUUUACGUAGGAAGGACUGCUGUGGGAUUCUGCAUAGACGCUACACACACUGUAUUUGCUGGUAACUUCCUACACACGUAGGAUAUGAAUGGGAACAAAUGACAGAAGGCUUUGACCUCUUCUGCAGGUCUUACGAAGAGUUUCUGAAUGGUUGGAAAGCCAGGUCUUGCUCCGGGAGGGAUUCCAGCUCAUCUUCCUCUUGGAAUGAUGAUUUCAUUGUCAGAGGGCUAGGCAAGGAAGCUAGGUUAUCUCUUCAUUGACUCUAAACAUUGCACAAUUUCCCAGGCAGGAAGAAAGCUUCCUUCUCUCCUGUCCUCAUUUUGCUUAUCUUAUAGGAAGAUGUACAGGCAGUUUGACUCUGCAGCUUUACAGUUCUUUAAUCUUUGGGGUUAUAAGAGGGGAGACCUGCUUAGCUCGGCAUAAGAUGCUCCAGGAAGGAAAUACUUUCCAGAAGAGAUGAUAUAAGCAGAACCCAAACCUUUGGCAUCAGCAGCAAUAUGAACCCCAUUAAGCCCCACUUGAAAAUGCCUUCUUAUUUUAAAAACUGGUAGAUCUAUACAUGCCACAAAGAAAAGUUGUGAGAAGAACAAAUUGCCCUAUUUGCCUCCCUGUGACUUUUGGGCUUUGCAUGCUUUGGGGCACAUCUCAUUGCCCAUCAGCGUUAACUCUCCCUGGCAGUUCUGACACUUUGAGACAGCUUGGCUGAAACAUGGUUGACCCAAGGAAAGACGUAAGUGUUUGCAAAUGACACUAAACCUUUUGCAAAGAAGAGAAUCCUGAACAAUUCAUCCAAGGGCUGCUGGCUUGCAUCAUAUUCCUGACUUGAGUCCCAAGAGAACUUAUGAAGAAAGUGUGAUAUGUAACUCCCAAAGUUCAUAAGCCAACUAAAAACCUCAAACUUUAAUUAUUUUACAGAAUUUGAACAUUUCCAAUCCCAUGUGAUUCUGGAAUUUAAAAAGCAGUUCAUUACUGGCAUAUACUGCAUGGGUGGGAUGGUUUUGUUUUUCAUAACAAAUGGUGAUUUCAUGUUAUUGGAGUAAUGCGGCAGAGCAAAGUCAAAUUAUCACUCACUUGAAGGCAUUUGUACUGCAGCCAAAAGGAAUCACAGCAGUGUAGGAACUGGGAUUUGGGUCCUAAUCCAACAGUGUAUAAAGCAUUGCUGAGAAAUAAAUCCUUCCUCUACUUCCAAGUAUUCUUGGCAAGCCAUUUGGGCAGGUUUAUUGUUUCAUAUUAAGAAUUUGCUGUCAGUGGGCUUUUGCACAUGCGAUUUUGACCUCAUUUUGACAUACCCCUGUCAAAUUCAAUGAAUUGAUAUUGGAUUUUGACUGUCAUACUUGUAUGCACCUAUUAUUAUUAUUAUUAUUUUAUUUUAAAUGGCAGCAGUUUAUUGAGGAAAGGAUAUGGUCAACUUAAGACAAAUACAUUAUUCUUAAACAAAAAUGCUGCUCCAACUUGUUCAGACCACUAAGGUGAAGAGUCCAGGGUUUUUUAUUUACAGUUUUUAAAAAAAUAAUUUUUAUUAAUUUUCUUUUCUCAAAACAAAUAUCCAAUAUCAUUGCUGAACAUACAUUUUUCAAUUUCCCCCCUCCCUGUUGACUUCCCUCAACUACCAUUUCUGGUUUAUUACAUCAGAUGAUACAUUCUGCUGUUUAUUUACAAUACUAUGUUAUCACAUUGUUGUACUACUUGUUCUCUGUAAAUAAAAUUGUAAAUGUUUAUUUAAAUCUUGCCAGCAAGACCAUUUCCUUCUGUUGUUUCUGCAAAUAUAUUGUAAAGGGUUCCCAUUCUUUUUCAAAGUCACUAUUGUCCUUUUCAAGCAGUUUGUUGUCAGGAUUUUUUAUUUACAUUUAUCCCUUUAUCCAGAAGGAUGCUGAUCCACUGGUACAAAAUUCUAUCGUCACCUGAAAUCUUACACUUAAUAUGGAUAGCCUGACCACUGUAGACCAUGUGUUGGUAACCUCAAGACUGGAUUACUGCAGUGCACACACCCUGAAAAAUAAAUUUGACAAAUGGAAACCAAAUAAUAGAGAAUGAUGUCUUAGAUUUGACCCCUCUAUGUUGUCUCUUAUGCUCCAUAACAUUUUCUGCAACCACUAUCAUAAAGGGCAAUCCAUCUUUCUUCCAUCAUGGGACUCAACACUACAUAUGCAAGGUUCCCAGGUGCUCUCCUAAUAUACAUAUAUAUAUUGUAAGUGCAAAGGACAUGGACACAUUCCCAGUUUGAUGAUGUCAUAAUAAUAAAUAGCCGUUGUCAGGAAUUACUGAGGUGGAGGAAGCUCCUGAUCUGUUCCAUUCACUUGCUUAUUCCAUUUAUCCACUGGGCUAACAAGCCAAGUCAUCAAUUACCCUUUCACAUACUCUUAUAAUACUUUGUUUCUGUUGCUGUGAAAACUAUGAAUAUACAGUAUCAUCCGCAGCAACAGUCCCUAUUGUUCAAAAGUAUUUUUGUGGGUUUUGGUUUUACAUUAGAUUGAAGGUAAGUUUCUCAAAUUAAUCCAGACCUUUGAAUUCUGAAAACUCAAAACCGUUUAUUUAUUUAUUUGUUUGUUUGUGCUUUUGUAUAUUUCAGUUCUCACCUGCUUCCCUCUCCUUUCUCCUCCCCUGGAAGCUGCUCAUAGUUUUUCAGUGAGGCUGAUGUUGUGACUUCUUAUCAGUUUUUCUCUCUUGAGCUGUACUUUCUCUUUCCUGAUUUGAAAUUGUCCCCAUUAAUCUGUAUUGCUGGAUUUCUUUAAAUUAUAGCUAUGCUUCUGUCUUAGGUUGAAGACCUAGCCAGUGCUGACUGACAUCAUCUAGUGUGAAUGAAAGCAAGACAAUCAGUAUUUUGUAUCUCUUAGUUUCUGUUCAUUGGAAUUUCAUCUUUUAUUUCUCUCUUUGGACUUUGAACACAUAGGAAAAUAGGAGCCUACCUUAUACCCAGUCAGAUCAUUGGUCCAUCUAGCUUAAUAUUAUCCACACUAAUUGGUAGCAGCUCUCCAAGGUUUCAGGCCAAGAACAUUCCCAGUCUUGCCUGGAGAUCCUGAGGAUUGAAUUUGGGGCUCUCUGGGGUGGUAGAGCACAAAGGAUGCUCUGCCGCUGAGCUACGGUUAUGUUCUUAUGUACUUUUUGUUCGUCUCCUGGAACCAGAGGUAGGAUAGCUCUUAUGGUGGGGUGAAACAACUUUCUCCAAUGAGAGCAAAAUGAUGAAGUCAAGGAUGGGUGUAGGAAUGGUGCAGAUACCAAGGAAGCCCAUGCAGAGGGGACACCAUUUGAGUUGUUCUUUAGGCAUAAAAAUAUUCUGGGAUGGUGCUGAGGGAAUGUGCCUUCCCCUUCCUCAGUCCUUGCAUCCCUCUGACCAUGAGGGAUAGCUCAGUUGGUAGAGCAUAGGACUCUUAGUCUCAGGGCUGUGGGUUUGAGCUUCACCUUGGGUGGAAGACUCCUGCACUGGAGGGGAUUGGACCAGAUGAUCCUUGUGGUCCCUUCCAACUAUGGUUCUAUGAUGCCAUGGAGGCAUGUUGGAAAGUAUGGAUUUAUCUCUCCAUUCUGGUGGAGGCUUCAGUCAUGUAGGGAGCUGAUGAAAUCUCCAGAAGAGCCAUGCGACAAGGGAGCUGCGAUAUAUGUGCCUCUGUUCCCUUGUUGCCAUUCGGAUGACACAAUGCUCUUUUCUAACCUAAUUUCCAUCUGCCUCAUACAUAAAAUAUUUGACACUCCCCACCCUAUACCACAAAAUAGAAGCCUCUUCACUGCAGGCACUUUCGCUGAUCUGCCCCAUGGUGUUAAGAUGGAGGAUUUGUUAGGAACAAUGGUAUCAUUGACAGAGCCGAGCCAAGCCAAGAGGGCUCUGAAUGGGGCUGGAAACGAGACUUUAAGACAUCUGUACAUUGUGGCUGUGGGCCAGGCCCUUGCUCACUCCUUGGAUCUGACCCUGCUCCUGAGGUUUGCAGCUCAAUGAAAACUGGCAGCAGCUGUCCACAUAAAGCCUGCAUCUAUACUUCAGCAGCAGGACAUUGAAAACUGCAGGCAGCAGCAAGCAGCCUGCACCCACAGAAGUUAUUCUUUCAAAGCAAACGCUGGGUGCAUGCUAUGUGGGUGUAUCAAGGUCAGCUUUCACUUGCCUAGAUAUGGGCCAGUGAUUUUUUUCUUCUGGGUUAAAGCUGCAACCCUCCACAUAUUACCAAUAUAAAACGGGUUGUGUGUGUGUGUGCUCCAGCCAUUUCUGAAAUCACAUCAGCUUUGCAAAACAGUUCCAGUUUUGUUGUUAAUCUUAUCAGCAGAAGCAGCUUCCUUUCUGAAGAUAGAAUAUGAGAUUGAAGCCAACAGCUGGCAAAAUGCUAUCAGCCCCCUACAACAGGGUUGGGCUGAUGCACAAACUACUUUUUGAAAUCACUGGCUGGUCAGUCUUUGUUACAGAAUAGAGCCUGAUCUAUGGGGCUGACACUGCUUUCCUGCCAGGUAGUCUGGAUUUGGCUGAUUUUUCACGACAUUCACUGUCAUAGUUAACUUGUAUUCUUCUUUAGGGCCAUUGCCUGUGAUGCUGGCCUAUUAGUCAGCAGAACCACUUAGUGAUUUUCAUCCCCUUGGCAGAAAAGAAACAAAAAGUAUUUUUGGGGGGGGGGGGGGGAGGCAGAGAAUCUGAUCCAAGUGGCUCAUAUUACUUUAUCACAAGAGAAAUGUAGAGCCAUUUCUGUACAGUAUACUGGAAGUGCCUAAGGUGUGCAGUAAAUGCAUAUGUGAGUUUUAAUAGCAGAGGUAAUGAGGAAGCGUUUUGUAUGUUGUGAGUUGCUUGGGAGUGAUUUCUUGGGGGAUCCAUAUUGGUGGUGUGGCCACCUGGUGGCAGGUGGGACCAAAGCCAAAAGUGGGCAGAGGCACCCAUCUCUUCCUCCCCACCUCUUUCUCUCUCUUUUGUUCUCUGUGCCCUCCUCUUGCUUUGGUUCUGUGGUGGGUGGAAAGAAAAGAAGCUUCUCCUUCUUCCUGACCAGCAUGAAAACCCAACAGGUUGGGAAGUCAUCUCUGGGCAAGGGGAUGGCAUGGAAGAGGAUGGAGCAGUGCUAAAGAGGAGCAGUCAUGGCAGAAAGGCACUGGGACCUGCAUCCAGUCCAGGGGUCGGCAGUUCCCCACUCCUGUUUUAGUAGGGGUGACAAAUAGACAUUUAUUUAUUUAGGCAUUUUCAGAACUGUACCUUCAUCUAAAACAUGGACCUCAGAGACCUGUUGUACAUAAAAGUCAGUCCAAAUCUCUACUAUAUAUUUGUUUAAAGAACCAAAACAAUAACAUCUGAGAAAUAAUAAACCAACAACUAUUCAACGAGCAAAAGUUAGAACUAAUAGUUUGGAGUGAGAUAAACCAUGAGCCCAGGUUCACAUGUAAUGCUAUGCAAACCUGUGGAAUAGUGUUGGGUCUCAAGAGAACAGCACUAAUGUUGCUGCAGUUUUUACUGGUGCUCAUUCAGGCUAAGCCAUGAUUUGGCUUAGUGCCAAUGUCUGAACCAUGUCACAAUCAUGUGUGUGUGUGCAACUUAUAGCGCACAAAGAAAAAUGUUUACCACAGCUGUUUGUGAUAUGAACACAUUGGUCAGCAAAACCUUCCUCUUUCAAAUAAAUAACAACACAUGCAAAAAGUUGGCCAAAUGACCUCAGAAUUACAUUGCUGCUCAUGUGUUAGAUUGCCAUUUCAGUGUUUGGUUUUAUUUUAUGCUGGAUUUAACUGUAGAUCCCAGCCAGGCAUUUGUUUAGUGUCCAAUUAAGGAUGUUUUAUUUUUGUAUUCAUAAGCAUGAAAGGGUGUGGCUCAUAGCCAUUAAGUUAGCUUAACCCUGCUUAUUUUGGGUCCAUGGGUUUGACAAUAAGAACAUAAGAAUUAGAAAGGUCUGUUUUUGUUUUUUCAAAAAAACAUAGGGAUUGCAAAUAAUCUCAAAACAACAUAUGUCCCAGACAGUAGGAUGACCUCUGGAGGUGGGGAGUACACAGGUAGGGCUCCUUGAUUGCACCAUGGGAUUUCCCUCCUCUUAAAUUCCUGAUGUAAGAGCUGUUGUGCUAGAUGGCCCAUAGCCUCUACCCAUAGGAAAAAUUAGAAUCUGUGACUUGCCUUGUUUCAGGACUUAGCCCAAUUUGUCACAUGCUGGCCACAUUUGUACUUACCGGUAGGUCCUUCACAUCUUGCCCAUACUCGUUAACCACAGCAUGACACAUUUAGCGUUUACUGACAUUUGUGUGGUAGGCUGACAAAAAAUGGAAACCAGCAAGUUACAGUAACUGAAAAUUUUCAUUUUGAAUAUUUUUAUCCUGACUUUUAAAAAAUAAAAAUACCACAUGAUUACUUGUAUUUUGGCUUCUCUAGAAUAAGAUUCAUACUCAAGACCAGGCUGGAUUAUUUUGCUGCUUGAGGCAAAACUACCGCCCUCACUGUGCCCGGCCCCCACUUUGCAACUGGGUGCCUGCCACUUGCUGUGGCUUGGCACUCACUGCCCAGCACUCGCCACUGUUGAGUGCUCAACAUGUCCUGCUCCUCCACCUUGGUGGCUGCGCCCCAAUCCCCCAGUGGGACAUAAUGGUUCCAUUAAGCUGCACCCGAUCUUCUUGGAAUAUACCGUGUAAAGUGGAAAUGGCAGGACUUUCAGAGCGAUGGGAUCUCAGUUGAUCUUGAGGCCCUGGUAAAUACCCACCCUCCGAAGUUAGCCUUGACCACAAUAAUAUUAAGUUUGUGUUAGUAGGGCAAAACUCAGAUUGUUGGGUUUUGUUUGCUCGGUGUAAAUAACCCCAAAAUUUCCUGUUUCUUUUGUAGUCUAAAGAAUGGCAUCAUAGGUUGGGAAACAAUAAGGGGAAAUGGAGUGAGAGACACACAAUUCAGGGAAUGUAUAAACAAUAUCCAUUGAGCUUAUAGUGCCCUUAGUGUCGUCGUACAUAUGCCAAGGUGCAAGUCAUAACUCAGUAGCUUUGAAUCUAUCCUCUUUUAAUCAGUUGUCCAAAGAUGGGAGGAGAUGAAAGAUUUUCAAGUAAAAUGAAGUUCAAGUGAACAGGCACAGGGGUACAGUGUUAUAUGUAUGGGUAAGUUAGGUAACUUGGAGAUGCUGGUAGUUGUGAUUUGGAUGAAUGGUGAUCUGCAUAUGCCAGUUCAUGAAAGAGCAAUGAUUUUAUAGCUCUCCUGACAAUUCAUUGCCUAUAGGAGAGAGCCAGUGUGGUGUAGUGGUUAAGAGCGGUGGACUCAUAAUCUGGUGAGCCGGGUUCGCGUCUCCGCUCCUCCACAUGCAGCUGUUGGGUGACCUUGGGCUGUCACACUUCUCUGAAGUCUCUUAGCCCCACUCACCUCACAGAGUGUUUGUUGUGGGGGAGGAAGGGAAAGGAGAUUGUGAACCGCUUUGAGACUCCUUCGGGUAGUGAUAAAGCAGGAUAUCAAAUCCAAACUCUUCUUCUAUUAGGACAAAAUGGUCAUACUCAAGCUCUCAGCUGAUGUCAACUGGCCUUGGUUAUCAGUGUGUCAGUUAUCACAUGCUCUUGUCUUUGACUUUGGAUAUAUCUACAUUACAAGUAUUUGUGUUUUAUACCAGUUUGUUAUCAGCACCCACCAAAAAAAAUUGGAUAUUGUUGUUUGGUAAGGCUGAAAAUUCUGUUUAGAGAUCCCUCUUCCCCACCCUCAUCCUCACAGAACUACAAUUACCAAAUUCUCCUGUCACAGGGAAUGACUAUUUUGUUUCAGUGUGUACUACAGAUAUAUUGCUCAAAUAUACUUUCAUAUUCUUGGUCUCAGCCCAGACUUAAGAACCAGGAUAUAUGUGUGUGUGUGUGUGUGUGUGUGUGUGUGAGAGAGAGAGAGAGAGAGAGAGAGAGAGAGAGAGAGAGAGAGAAACUAAAUGGGAUAAAUUUUCACAAAAUUUAUAAAUAGAAUGGGAAAAGUGGGUAAAUGGGGCUUUGUCUCCUCUCAUAAUAUUAGAAUGCUAGGUCCCCUGUUGAAACUGAUCGGCAAACAAAAAAGUACAACUCCAUUCAAAUUCUAAAAUUCCAUGUGACUUCCAUGUUUUUAGUUAUAGUUUCAUGUGUGCAAUUGAACUGCCAACUUGGAAGAGCUUACACUGGUCAAACCCUUUGCAUAUCUGUGAAGUGCUUCCAGGAGUCACUACUUUAAUUAUUAUUAUUAUUUAACCUCAUCUGGGUUUACCACACCUGAAGCAAGUUUGGCACAGCCUCUCCUAAGGCCAUUGCUUGCUCUGAGCAUAUUGCUUAUGUCAGUUUCCUGGAAGCUAAUACAGUUUGGGUGGGAAAAACAAUUGUUUCUUGCUUUCCAGACCAUGACAACAUAGGAGAUAAUAGAGAGCUUACUUUGCAGUAUUUUUUGUUUAGGGUUUUUGUUUUAUUGUGGCUAUCUGUAGUCUGCAGUUGCAAGGCUUAGUGUUCUGUAUCAGCAAAGAAGGCCAGGGAAGCCAAAUUAAUUUUGCUGGAGUACAGUAACGAUAAAAGGUUGCCAUAUUGGCAUUAGUUGGCUUUAUUUAUCUCUAGAGCACAUUCAGUAUACAGAGGUACUUUUAAUAUUGUAACCUUCUGUGAAAGACAUGCAACUAAGAGCUAACAGCUUACCCUAGGCCAGACAGUGAGCAAUACAACUUUUGAAGUUAACUUAAAUGAUGAUCCUUCUGAAGGGAGCGAAGAAAAGAGAUGCAUUUUCCUUUAUCUCUCCUGAUGACUCACAGAUCAUGGUGAAGUGCCAGAGGCCACUUGUCGGUGAAUACCAGACUUCCUGCAAAGCCUCAAAAAGCCUAUCUUUCCCCUAGUUGCAUUUGUGUAUUUUACUCAGCUUGAUGGUACAGAUUGCGGGUUAUUUUAGCAAUAAUAGUGGUGUCCAGCGGAACAGGACAGCACUGCCCACUUGGCUUCCCAACAUGGAACUCACUGCCAAUAACCAAGAAGGAAAAGGGUGAGUCAGUGGGAAGGUCAGCGCACUGCAAAUGGGCUGGACUGGCUCUGCUGCUGUGCUUGCACAGCACCAACCUCUGCCCCGCCUCACCUUUCCCUCUUGGUUACCAGCAGCAACCUCCACACUGGGAAGCAAGGUGAACAAUGCCACCUCCACUCCACUCUGCCACGCCAGCUGCAUCUCCAACAAUAUAUUGUACAGACCCAAAAGAAGAUUUGUUGUUGUUUAGUCGUUUAGUCGUGUCCGACUCUUCGUAAGCCCAUGGACCAGAGCACACCAGGCACUCCUGUCUUCCACUGCCUCCCACAGUUUGGUCAGACUCAUGUUUGUAGCUUCGAGAACACUGUCCAACCAUCUCGUCCUCUGUCGUCCCCUUCGCCUUGUGCCCUCCAUCUUUCCCAACACCAGGGUCUUUUCCAGGGAGUCUUCUCUUCUCAUGAGGUGGCUAAAGUAUUGGAGCCUCAGCUUCAGGAUCUGUCCUUCCAGGGAGCACUCAGGGCUGAUUUCCUUAAGUAUGGCUAGGUCUGAUCUUCUUAAAAAGAAGAUCCUGUACUUUUAUUUAUUUUUAAGAUUUCUAUUUUCUACAUACAACUUUGGCAGGCCCAAAGGCCACAUGACAAUGUUGUUGUUUUUUAAAAAAAGCUUUUGUAAGAUAUUGGUGUAAGCCUUUAAUGAUGUAUGAUAGGAAGAUUUCACAGAGGUGGACAGUUUAGGUAAUGACAUGCAAAAUAUAAUUCUUUCCUGCUCUCUCUUGUCUCUCCUUUGUUGCUGGCAGGCACCUCUUUGCACCAGGCUAUACGGAAACGCAUUACACUAAGAGCGGAACUCCCCACACUGUGACUUUGAACAACACAGUAAGUAUUGCGUGCCCAGCCGCAGAGUCUCCACCCCAAGGAGCCUAGCUGACUAGAGGGAAUAGUGAAUGGAGACGACAACUGUAGGUUGUAGUUGGUUUCUCCUGUGCAAUAGGCAGAAGAACCAAGGCAGCCCAGAUCAGUGCAUUCACGGUAAGCAAUUAACUAUGGUUUGCUAUGAUGUGUGAACUGGGCCAUACGAUACAAACUGGAUUGGCUCUUGUUGGCUCUUGUUCCACCAUGGCAGGUCACACUUCUUCUCAAGAAGUCCUCUUGAAUCUAAAACUGGAUAUCCACGAGCUGGCCUCUCUGCUCUUGUCCUCUGCUAAGAGGGAUCUGAACGUUGGUUAUAUUCUCAGUUCACUGCAAAGCUAGCCCUUGCCAGCUGGCUCAUAUCCAGCAGGACCUUCUUCAUGAAUUAACUGAGUGGAAAUGCUUUGACUGGCUGGCACUUCCCCGAAACAGUGCAAAAAUUCAUAUUACUAAUUAGAUGAUUAAAAAAUGAAAAAGCUCAUGUCUAUGAGCUCAUCCUUCUUGAUGCUGCUUCCUCUUCCCUUCCUCUAGGCUUAAAGUUUCAUAAGAAAGAUUACUGUGGUGGAAUUUUAUUGACAAUUGGGUUGUAAAGCGCAUUUUUCUUGCCAUUUGUAAUGACAGGAACCUGCUACAAUAGGGCUUUAUCACUUCAUGCCAUGUGGGUGUUUUAAAGAUCUGAAAAGUAACAAUGCUCCGGGAACCAUUUGGAGUGAGCGGUAAAGUUCAUAUUGAUUUCAGUGUGCUUUGGAUCUGGCCUUUAGGCAGGCUUUCAAAGGAAUUACGUUCAAUAAUACUGCAGGACUCAAUAGUAUUAUGCCAAAAUGAGAGGUUAUGAGUAACUGAUCUGUACUUUAUUCACACCUGAAUAUUUCUUCAUGAGAUUAUAGAAUAGGAACAUUUCAUUUAUCUGUUACAUUUAUAUUCCACCUUUCUUCCAAGAGGCUAAAGGCAACAUACAAGGUACUUGCCUCCAUUCUUUCCUCACAGCAAACCGUAGAGAUAGUGACAAGCCCAAGGUCACUCAGUGAGUUUUGCAGAGAUUUGAAAUUGGGCCUUCUGAGUGCUAGUCCCAGCAUUUUAACUGUUACACCAGACGAGCUGCUUACAGUGGUGGAAUAUACCUAAAGAAAAGGAGACUUGAAUGUAUAAUUGUUUUCCCUAAAAUAGUACAUGUACAUUCCCAGAUGGAAAUGACAAGGUGUUUAUACUCAAGCCAUGUGCUUUAGCCACAUCUACCCUUCUUGGGGUUUCAAAGCACCUUAGGUUUCAUUGACAAUAAAGGAAAAAAGCAUAUGAACUAUGGACUUCUCAUAUGCAGGGUAUUUUGGGGAGCAGGUGGAGAGGAAUCUAUACAUUUUGCUAUCCUCUUCUUGCAUCAACCAUCAAGGGGAGUUGAGGAGGAAGAAUAAAUUUACAGAAUAAUACCUUGACAGUCUUUGUUCUGUCCUUCUAGGAUCAUUGCUUUUACCAUGGUACUGUGAGAGAGGUAGAAGACUCAAGUGUGGCACUCAGCAUAUGCAAUGGUCUACGGUAAGGUCAAGCUCUUCCUUAAAGGUAAAGGUAAAGGGACCCCUGACCAUUAGGUCCAGUCGUGACAGACUCUGGGGUUGUGGCGCUCAUCUCGCUUUAUUGGCCGAGGGAGCCGGCGUACAGCUUCCGAGUCAUGUGGCCAGCAUGACUAAGCCGCUUCUGAUGAACCAGAGCAGCGCACGGAAACGCCGUUUACCUUCCCGCCGGAGCGGUACCUAUUUAUCUACUUGCACUUUGACAUGCUUUCGAACUACUAGGUUGGCAGGAGCAGGGACUGAGCAACGGGAGCUUACCCCAUCACGGGGAUUUGAACCGCCGACCUUCUGAUUGGCAAGUCCUAGGCUCUGUGGUUUAACCCACAGCGCCACCCGUGUCCAAGCUCUUCCUUACAGAAUCUCAAAUUAGAUUAGUUCUCUGGGAUCACAGGGACAUUCUGAUAGUCUUGUAAUUCCCUAUCAGACAAUAUGGCAAUGACAUGUUUUUUUAAGCCAUUCAUUAGUUAUUUUUUAGCCAUACAUGGAGGAAUGGUGACAGGUGUUAAUGGGCAUUAACUAUGGCAGCUUUUACACAUCCAUGAACACAGUCUUAACAGUGAGUUUGUAAGUGACUGUGGAGGCCAAUUCUGGGUCUACACAUCCUUCCCCUGUGGGGGCAUAGGUUUUCAGGCAGGAGUUGAUCAUGGUGAGGAUUUGCCAAGCAUGCCUUCCUCUUAACACAUUUCUCCCUUUCAUCCUGAGUUCGUGUUUCUUCAAAGCCCAUGACACCUUUGGUUAAGGCUGUUCUCCAACUGGAGUGUUCGCAGGCCAGUGUUUCCCAAUUGUUAGUGUUUAUACUUCAUUUUUUAAAAGAUUUGCCUUGAGAGAGUCUUUCAACCUCUUUUGUUGACCACCAGCAUUACGCUUUCCAAUUUUAAGUUCAGAAUAGAGUAGUUUCUUUGGAAGAUGAUAAUCAGGCAUCUGAACAACAUGACCAAUGAAACAACUUGAACUGGACUUGGACUACUGAGCUACACUGUUGGUAACAGAAUGGUAGAUUUGAUUUGUUUAUUUAUUGCACUUAUAUCCUCCUUUUUUCCUACAAUGGAACCCUGUGCAGCAGACAUGUGGUUCCCAAGUGGUCUCCCAUCCAGACACUGACCAGACCUAGACCUGCGUAGCUUCAGCAAGACCAUGCCCUGAUCUAAGCCACAAGAACAGUUCUUAUGUUGCCCCAGCUCAAACUUAGAAUCCCCACAUAAUUGUAGGGUUGGAAGGGACCACAAGAGUUAUCUAGUCUAACUCACUGCAGUGCAGGAAUCUUCUGCUCAACAUGGGGCUCAAACCUACGACCCUGAGAUUUAAGAGUCUCAUACUGUACCAACUGAACUAUACCGAAACGACAAAUGACAUCAGUGAGGGAUCCCCAGAAAUGUACAUUCAAAAGGAGGUUAUCUGCAUUAAGAUUUUCACCUCCAAGCACCAUUUGAAGAAAUGUUCAUUAGGUGCUCAAGAUUCUAUUCCUCUGAAUUCUAUCUUACAUAAAAUCUCAUCAUCAAUAGACUCAUUUCAGUAUCUUCAGUUUCCACCACAUGCUUGCUUUCCUGCCUUCUUAGAAUCUUAUCUCUUUAUCUCAGCAGAUUAUUCUGAAUUUCUCCCUUUCAGUGCCAGCAUUUUAUAGCAAUCUUGACAUACAUGCUUCUUCUGAAAAGCUGUUCUCUUCCAUUUACCCCUCGCAAGAACAGAAUUCUCUAACAUCCCAUGUUAGCCACAAGUCUGUUGUACAGAUACGCACAUAUUUAUUCCACGUGAGAUGAUUUGACCUCCUGAAAUGACAAGUUAAAGAGAUUAUUUUUAUAAACAGGACGUGGUUUCCUUUUGGUCACCUUUAUUCAAAGCCAUUUGAAAGCUGGGCUGCCAUCCAGCCAGGAAACAGUUUUCGCCAAUUUUUAUUUCCCCCCCAAAUCCCUCAAUGACCUCAAGUCACUUUAAUGUAAACAAACUGUCCAGUAGUGUAAACAAAGCAAAUCCUGGCCAUUUAUGGCUGACAUAAUACACAGAGCCCACACAAAAUAGGAAGCAUCGCAGGUGCAUGCUGGCCUACUUUCACCCUCCCCCCCCCACAUUUUCCGGUACUAUAUUCCUGGCUGCAAAAUGACCAUCUGAAACCUCAUUCUUCAUUUACAGUAGAGUUGGUCCAUGUGCUGGCCAGUAUCCUUGAUAUUGUUCUAAGUCCUUUCAGAAUUACUGGAGGAAUACAGAAGCUAAACACUUGCAUAUGUUUGUACUUCUCAAGGGGGGAAGUGAGCAGGUGGGGAAGGGUGUAACGAUCUCUAAGGCCAAACACUUCUUCCUUGGUACAAUGCACUCAAAACAAUCUCAUUUGAGAAAUUGUUCCCAGUCAUUCUUCAUAAAUAAUAACUGGGAGAGCAAAAACACCCAAUUUUAUAUAGGCAAUUCUCAUGAAACAAUACUAGUUUCCUUUGUUGAAAACAGGCCUUUCUGUAAUUUGUAGUUGAAGUGAUCACAACUAAAGCCCCUUUACUGAAAAUAAGUGCCCAGAGUAUUAAUAAUAAGGUAUCCUAGUGCUGGCUUCUGCUAGCACAGAAUAUGACCCCAUGUGUUCUCUUACCCUUCCGUGAUCUUAGGUAAAGAUAAAGGGACCCCUGACCAUUAGGUCUAGUCGUGGCCGACUCUGGGGUUGCGGCGCUCAUCUUGCUUUAUUGGCCGAGGGAGCCGGCGUACAGCUGGUCAUGUGGCCAGCAUGACUAAGCUGCUUCUGAUGAACCAGAGCAGCGCACGGAAACGCCGUUUACCUUCCCGCCGGAGCGGUACCUAUUUAUCUACUUGCACUUUGACAUGCUUUUGAACUGCUAGGUUGGCAGGAGCUGGGACUGAGCAAUGGGAGCUCACCCCGUCAUGGGGAUUUGAACUGCCGACCUUCUGAUCGGCAAGUCCUAGGCUCUGUGGUUUAACCCACAGUGCCACCCUUCCGUGAUCUUAGGCCUUAGCAAAACGUGCUGAAACUUUCUUUUAUACAAAUUCAGUAAAAAAUUAUUCUCCACAACAUACACCAAGCUAGGUGAUUAUUGGUUUGUAUUCAUAGAAUCACUGAGUUGGAAGAGACCAUGAAGGACAUCUAGUGCAACUUCCUGCAAAUCCAUGAAUCUUUUGCCCAACAUGAGGCUCGAACCCAUGACCCUGAGAUUAAGAUUAAGAUGCUCAAGCGACUGAGCAAUCCCAGAGGAAUAAUGAAGUGUAAAUACUUGCCUUCCAUAACUUCUGCUUUAUUGAUUUUGUCUUCCAGUGGCCUUAUAGUCCUGAGCAACAACCUCAGUUAUGUCUUGGAACCACUGCCUCAUAGCCAUGAGCAACACUUGAUCUACAGGUCUGAACAUCUCAAGGUUGCCAGGGGUACCUGUGGAAACCAGCAUUCAGGAUCAAAGGCUAUGGAUUGGCUUGGAGAGUUGACAAGCCCAGCAGCGUCCAGUUAUCGCAGGGUUAGUACUUCGGAAUUAUUCCGUUGCAUCCCAGAAGACAUCUGUUUUGAAAGCUCUAAGGAAAGCAACGAUUCUUGCUUAAAUGUUUAAAGUACUCCACUUGUAUUAUCUCAAUAAUCAUGGGAACAGCAGUAUAAAAAAGGCCACAUCAUUAUUCCAAGAUUACAGAUGAAGGACUGAGGCUAAAAAACAGUGAUUUGCCUUAGGUCCCCCCCAGGAAAAUGAAGUCUGAGCUAAGAAUCCAUAACAGAACUUCUCCUUCCUCUUCUUUGCCCACAUGCCACCUAGCCAGUGUGGUGUAGUGGUUAAGAGCGGUAGUCUCGUAAUCUGGUGAACCGGGUUCGCGUCUCCGCUCCUCCACAUGCAGCUACUGGGUGAUCUUUGGCUAGUCACACUUCUCUGAAGUUUCUCAGCCUCACUCACCUCACAGAGUGUUUGUUGUGGGGGAGGAAGGGAAAGGAGAAUGUUAGCCGCUUUGAGACUCCUUCAGGGAGUGAAAGGCGGGAUAUCAAAUCCAAACUCUUCUUCCUCUUCUUCUUCAAAUCUGGGCUGAAGAGGUGGGGUUUUCUCUUGAAAUUAUGAGGACUACAAACAGUUUCUAAUUAUUUCAGCAUAUGUAACAUUUUUGAACCUGACAAAAUGAGUACAUUUUAAUAAAAGUGGUUUUUGAAUUUUAAAGAGCUUCAUGAAACAGUUUGGGAUGUGUACUUUUGCCACCAUAGGUGAAGAGGGAUGACCAACAGUCUAUGAAAUACGUGGAGCUCCUUCUAGUGGCUGAUUAUGCAGAGGUAAGAGGGACGUGGAUUUAUACCAGAUCCAGAAUCAAACCCAGGAUAGACAGUUCAGGGCCAAACUACUUAUUACACGUGAGAUCAAUGAUCGGACCUUCUGGUGAUUUGUCUUUUUACUUAAAAGGAGCUGUAGGGGGAUCCUGCAUCCAUAUCCCCAUCCCUUUUGGUGUUAAUAGUAACUUUGGAGGCUGCUUUAAAGUAAAAAUACAGAAAAUUAUGACACAAAAUCAAAAUAUCCUGCGUGAUAUGUUAAUUGGACCUGGUGAGCUACCAAAAAUAGCAAAACAGGAAUGUUUUGUCUUGGAUUGUUUUAUUUGAUGUUUUAAUGUGUUUUAAAAUGCUUUGAUAUUUUUUCUCAGAAAUACAAAGCAGUAUAGAAAUAAAAUGAGUAUAAUUUAUGUGUGUUUUCCAAACCUGAUUUAACAAUGCUCCUUAUCCCAGAUCUGUAUACUUCUCUUCUCCUGUUCUUUUAGCUGCAGACCCUUCUGCUAAAACAUGUAGCAAAGGAUCAAACUGUAUUGAGAGCACUCAUAUAUUUCAUAUUGUGUAUGUUAGCAACUGACAGAAAUGUAAAAACAUCCUGUCUGCAUGUGCCUGGAAUCUGUUUCUAAUCAUUGACCUGGAGCUAGUUGGGUCUUUGUCUUGUUAACCAUCCCCAAGAGCAUUAGGUCAUUCACGCAACUUUUAUUUUAAUGGCUUUUUUCCCUGGCACACUCUUCUCCUAAGAUUUCAUCGCUGCUCAUAUAAUUUAUGUCGGGGUAACUUGAUCCUCUCUGCAUAACUGGAUCUCUUCAUAACUGUUGUUUUCCCACUUGCAAUUUUGCAAUUGAUGUAAAGGGCACAUUCCUCCUGUUGUGACAUAUGUGUGUGUCUGCACACCUGCACAUACACACAAGGCUUCCAUUAUGCUAGAGUUUGUGUCUCUGAAUCCUCUGUGCAUAAAUAUCAUGCAUAACUAUUGUGUUUAGUUAAUCACAACUAGUGCCAUUUGGAUUUUACAACCAAAACUGCAAUCCCACUUGGGCCAAAUUGUUCCAAUCAGAGUAGACAAACCACUGCAUUUUUCUCACCCUUAGAAAGUGGUUGGGUACCUCUGGCCCACUGAUCUAACUUGUAGACCUGGCAGGUCUGUUCACUUGCUCAAGUCAUGGCCCCCUGCCCUACAAAUAUGGCGCCAAGUGUGAGGCAGGAAAGGAUGUGGCUACCUGUCAAAAGCAGGGUUUGGAGCAGUGUUUCUCAAGCUUGAGUCCUCAGCUGUGGUUGGACUACAAAUCCCAUCAUCCCUAGCUAGCAGGACCAGUGGUCAAGGUUGAUGGGAGUUGUAGUCCAUCCACAGCUAGUGACCUGAGUUCAAGAAGCACUGCUCUAGAGGCACUAUUAAUCAGCUUGUCAUUGACACCUGCAAAACUCCCUGCCUAUGCUAUUGUGGUUGGAUUUCAAAUUGUGCAGGCAAAGGAGAACAUUUCACCUGGUGAUAUUGUAAUGUCAGGUGAUUGACAAGUAGGCACUGAGAAGCUGAGCAGGUGGUGUGAGAAAAAUAACAUUCUGGGUUUUCUAGUUGUUUUCUCACCCUCCUUUUACUAGACAAAGUGAAUACAGAAAUACAUAAGGAGACAUCAGAAAGAAAAAUAGGCAACCUUUUCCCCAAUCACGCCCUAAAAGGGGGGCAAAUCCAUUUCACAAAACAGACCCACAAAUGGUCGUUGCUUGGAUCAAGCAACCUAUGUUCAGUUAACAGACAAUAUUUUAAGGGACAUGCACAUCACACCCAUUUUUGGGUGGUGUUUUUUUGCAGACACCACAAAGCAGAAGCUACAUCUGCUCUGCGGUGUCUGCAAAAAUCAGCACGACAAUUUAUGGAGGUUGCUAUGCAAACAUCUGGAUGGGAUAAGUUGCCCCGAGGCUAGUGUGGGUGAUGCAACCAGCAGAGCUUGAGGGACAGGGAUUAGAACACUAAUUACUAGAUAGCAUGCUGUGCAUAUGAGGAGAAUACAACUAAUCCUGCCAAAAACUUAUAGGCGGCAUUUCAGGAUAAUGUUACAACUGUGUUUGGUCAUGUAGGACAGAGAGAUUGUGCUCUUUUUAUAAUUACAAAUAGCCUGAUACAGAGGAAUACUCAACACUGGUUAGUGGGCAGUCAGCUGCAGCAAGAAACCAUUAUUAUCUAUGCCAUCUGGACUGUACUUUCAUGAGCCCCACUAAUCUGUCAGGGGUGAGAGAGGUGACACUAAUUCUGCUAGGACAGGCAGGGUAACCAGAAGUGUUUCUAGGCUCUGCUGUGUUAAGAGCUGGUUUUGAUUUCAGUGCCAUUCUGAUGUUGCUGUGUAAGCCACAUCAUAAGGGCUGUGUACCUCCAUAAGGGCUGUUCACCCUUUCCGUUUCUAAAAUUAGAGAUUAUUACAGCGGUGCCUGAAAUGCACAAAGGUGCCUGAAAUGUGCUCCAAAAAUUUGACCAUAUAAAGACUAUGCUGAACUUUUUAUCUAAAGAAUUCAAAAAAUUAUUUAAGUGUUUUCUGGAAGCGCAGAGUCCAAGGAAAUUAUUAAAGCUUGUAAAUGUUCGUGGGAUAAAUUGAAAUGCGAGUUUCAAAUCCCUGGUAGUUGGGCAGUAAAAACAGGCAGCUCCCCUAGUGAGUCAGGGCCAGAAUCUCAAAGGAAUAAAUUUCACAGAGUUAGGAAUGGCAGUGAUAUUUUAUGGAAUAAUUCUGAAAUGCUUUUCCCUCCCCAGUUUCAGAAGCAUAAUUAUGAUCUUCAAGCAACCAAAAAUAAGUUACUGGAAGCUGCCAAUUAUGUAGAUAAGGUGAGACCAAAUAGCUACGUUUUAUGAGAAAACUGCUUUUAUUUUUUUAAAGAAAGAUGCCAAAUGCUAAGGACUUAACUACAUGCUUAUAAGUGAAUAUUCGCUUUUUAAAAAAUGAGAAAAGAGUUUGGGGAGUUUCAUUUGUUGUUAAAAAAAAAUGGCGGUGGGGGAGUGCUUAACUUUCACCCCUCCCAUCAUUCCAACUUUCAUCCCAAGGUCGCUGUUCUCCUGUGAAGUUCCAAAUGUGUAUUUGAAUAAUUUUAGUAGUAGCUUUAAGAAAGAUAUGAAACUUAAGAUAAACCAAUAAUUAGUUAAUUUAAGAUAAAAGUGUGUAUUGGCAACAAAUAAUAUAUAAAUGAAAUAAGAAAUGGACGGGAGGUUGGGUCUAUAGUCUAAGGAGCACUUUUUGCUUUAUUGAUUUGUAAUUAAUAUUGUCUUUGUUACUGUUUUGUUUGUGUUCUUGUUUUGUUUUUCCCUUUUUUGGUGUAUCAAAUAAUAAUAAUAUUAUUUCAGAGGACAAAUUUGUUGUAUGGGGGGAAGCCACUGCAGGGGACAUUUGAAGGAGAAAAAUGAUUGGCAUUUGAAAAGAUUAAGAACCUAACCCUAUGCUGUUUUUUUCUUUACAUCCCCUCUCCUCCCAACUGCUUUUCCAAGCAAUCAGUGGCAAAUUCUGAGCGUUUGCAUGUAAUGUCUAGUACAGCUUUAAGAAUCACAAAGAAUUCAGUUUCAACUUUUGCUGCAUGUUUUAUGUACAUUUAUUUCCCAAGGAGAGCUAGGUAAGGAAGAAUGUGGUGUACUGUAUUCUAGGAAGACGUAAACUCACAUUGGAGCUAUAAUAUGGUAGAAACAGAGGCAUGUGAUUAAUUCUAGCUCUUCUUUUCUCCAACCUCUUAGUUUUACAAAUCUCUGAACAUACGAGUUGCUCUGGUUGGGCUUGAGGUUUGGAAUGACCACAAUAAGUGUGACAUCUCUGAGAACCCACAUUCGACCCUGUGGUCUUUUCUUGCUUGGAGGCGUAAGCUGCUUAUGUACAAAAAGCACGACAAUGCCCAGCUAAUCACGUAAGUUGUUUUUAUAGGAAUAAUAUGACCGCUGCUCCAAGUUCUCUAGUUACUAAAUGUGAACUGGUACUGUUCUAUGCAACUGUGUUGAUACUAGUCACACUUUGGCUGUCUGCCCCCCUCCCUGGUAUAAAGAACCAAAUGCAGAUCCUGUUUCAAAAAUACCUGCAACAACUUUCAUGUCUUGCCAACCCCUUCUGUAGAAGAUUUGCAUUGGUUCGUAUUGACUUGUAACUUUUGGAGAAAGCAAUGCAAGCUGCAAGGUAAAGGUAAAGGGACCCCUGACCAUUAGGUCCAGUCAUGACCGACUCUGGGGUUGCGGUGCUCAUCUUGCUUUACUGGCCAAGGGAGCCGGCAUUUGUCCGCAGACAGCUUCUGGGUCAUGUGGCCAGCAUGACUAAGCCGCUUCUGGCGAACCAGAGCAGCUCACGGAAACACCGUUUACCUUCCCGCCAGAGCGGUACCUAUUUAUCUACUUGCACUUUGAUGUGCUUUUGAACUGCUAGGUUGGCAGGAGCAGGGACCGAGCAACGGGAGCUCACCCUGGCACGGGGAUUCGAACCGCCGACCUUCUGAUCGGCAAGCCCUAGGCUCUGUGGUUUAACCCACAGUGCCACCCGCGUCCGUAAUGCAAGCUGCAAGCUUAGGCUUAAUUUCCAGAUUUGCCUCUAAAAUGUAACUGCAUUCAUAAACCAGUUCAAAAGGCUGUGGUUUGUGUGAAUCCUUUAAUGUUUGCAGUGUUUAAUGAACCACUGGAAUCAUUGCUGCUUAUUGGAACGGUGCUGGGGUAUAGCAGGGUGGUAGUGAGAUCAGGGCAGAGUGGGAACAUCUACUGUAUGUGGUGACCCUACCAGAGCACUGCACAGCCCCAACCUUGCUGCCACCCAGCCCUGUCUAGGUUUGCUUGCAGUGAUGGCAGUGGAGAAAGGGCAGCACAGACUCCUAUGGAAUGCUGGGCACUUUGACAAGCAGCUCUUCUCUGCAACGUCUCUCCAAAUCUGUUUCAGUGGGAUGUCCUUCCACGGUACUACAAUUGGCUUAGCCCCCUUGAUGGCCAUGUGUUCUGUCUACCAGUCUGGAGGAGUGAAUAUGGUAAGCUUCAUAAACUUGACAAAAAGCACAACCCUCCAGGAAGUUGCUGUGCACAAGAUCUGGUGAAAUGAGUAGCAGCACAGCAUCCCACACUUCCACUGGAUACUUCCUGUAUUGUUUUGUGCCUGAUGAAACCACCAUCCAGAGAAUGCAAGGUCACAAGUUAACAUUGCUUGGUGGUAAUUCAGGAGACUACCCCUUGCCCCAAGAGCACUCCUUGAGAUGACAUGUGACCCUAUCACAGAUUCCUGUGAUCAUCGUCCCAGUAAACUAGAAUUGCAGUUUUAUGUACACUUACCUGGGAGUACCACUGAGCAUGGUGAAAUUUAUUUCUGAGUAGAUAUGCAUGGGAUCUUAGCUUAAACCAUAUAUGGGGCACAUGUUAUCUUCCAGGUGCUGUUGGACUCCAGUUCUCAGGGCAUCCCUAAGAGGGCUUGUGGCAAAUGACAUUGUCUGCACCCACCCCUCACCCACAAUUCCUUCAUCUUCUCCCUGCUUCUGUCGCCCAUCCUCUUAAUUGUGAUGGCAGUGGCACCCCUUUCCCCACCUCACUUCUUGUUUUGUCUUCUACUGCUGCUGCAGCAGCUGCCCCUCUGCACCCCUGGUUUACAUUCCCCUGCUUUUUCUGCCACUUUGGUGCCACCAGGGCCCUCUGCUCCCACCCUGCCUCGCUAUAGGAACGAAGGUGGUGAAGAGUCUCGCUGGGUGGAUGGGAAACAGCAGGGUUGUUGGUACCUAGUACCUAUCAGAGUGUGGAGCCUGGGGUGGUCACUCCAGUUUGCCCCCUUCCCAAAGAUGAUGCCCUCCCAACUCCUGCCAUCCCUGUCCAGGAUAUGCUGAGAUGAUGGGAGUUGGGAGUCCCAACAGCAACUGGAGGGGCACAGGUUCCUGAUAUCUGGCUUGAGUCUGAGGGUAGUUCUUCCCAGGAAUGUUGCACAGCUGAGGAAGAGGAGAGCAUCUUGCACCCAUGCUACAUUGGGCGUUCUGAUGGACAGGCCCAUCUCCUGAGCCAGAUAAUAUAUAUUUCUGUUCAUAAUGUGCUGCAUGGUAUACUGACUCUCACCCUUGAUUCCUUGCCUGGGCAGGAUCACUCUGAAAAUGCCAUUGGAGUUGCUGCCACCAUGGCCCAUGAGAUGGGCCAUAACUUUGGCAUGAGCCACGAUGCGGCUGGCUGCUGUACGGCCAGCGCUAGAGAUGGAGGUUGCAUCAUGGCUGCUGCGACAGGGUGAGGUGGCUCUUCUCAUUGUUUAGUAAAAACAUGCUACGAACUGGGUUGCAUUAGAGUGCUUUCCUUUAUUUACGACUGGUUUGAGGAAGGAGCUUUAAUCUGAAUUAUAACUUAGUCAAGGGCUCAUCCACACUUCUGAGAAGUUUUCUGCUUCCCCUGUGCUUCUAGCCAUGAGCCAAAGUGGUUUUCUGUUUUCCCCGCCACUUUCCCACUGAAUCAGAACAAACAUCAGUCCACAGAAAACCUGAUUGGCGCUUGCUCCAAUUCAAUGGUAAAGAGCCAGUUUUUCUGGGGGAAAGCAACAAGACCGUUGGAACAGUGGAUGAGUUAAAAUAUCAGUCUACCCACCAUGUUUUUCACUCUCUCAGAGGUCAGGAAAAUUCUAACACUCUAGCACUUAAAGUUCAGUGAUAAAAUGAAACAGCACUCCCCCCCCCCCCCACCGAAUAUUUGGUACAGGACGGAUUACUGCUUAAACGCAAAAAGGGCAAUUCUGUUGUGCCUGCCUUUCACUUGACACAGUAAUGAUAUACUGAUAGGGAAAGGAAGCAUUGUUCGCUGGUGGUUUCUAGUAACAAAAUAUUUUCUUGUGUCACUGUAAUGCAUUACUUCACAACCCAUUCAAAACAAUGUGCCCUCCUUGCUUGCAGGGACCCAUUCCCCAGGGUAUUCAACAGAUGCAAUAUGAAGGAGCUGGACAGGUACCUGCAGUCUGGUGGAGGGAUGUGUCUUUACAAUAUGCCAGAUACCAAGACCUUAUACGGAGGACAGAGAUGUGGAAAUGGCUACCUGGAGGAAGGGGAGGAGUGUGAUUGUGGAGAAGAAGAGGUAACUCUUGUUGGACUUAUUUCAUGAUUGAAGGGGUCACUGGCACGACUUUACAUUAUCCAUGUUACAACAACUUUUAAAAACUAAAACAUAGGCUGCAACAUAAGCAGAGAGAGAAAAUGGAAUUAUGAUACAGUAACAUAUCAGCAACACAAACACUCUCUGUAAACCUGGAAUAGUUCUGCCUCUGUCCCCCUCCCACCCCCCUAGAAUGAUUACUGCGCUGUUUGUAAUUCCAAAUCCCCUUUGCAACUAAAGAACCAAGAGUCUUGUGGCAUCUGGAAGACAAUUUUUCUUGUGACAAAAGCACAAAACUAUACUAGAUGCACAAUCUCAUGGGAAGGGAUUCGGCAAUGAAAUAAAUGAAUAACAAUGAUAAUAAGGAUAGCAUUUUGAUCCAAAUUCAUGUGAGAAUUGCUGCAAUUCGAGAAUUCUGGCAGCUCCCAAGCACAUCGUGGAGGUAGAAAUACAGUUAGGAAAUGUGCUUGGAGCUCGUUCCAGGUUAUUUGUUAUGUGUGUGGUUUAAAGACCAAUGGCACAUGCAGUUACAACCUUACAACCUGCCCUGGAAAGCAGCCCACUGCUCCCUGGUGUUUUUUUGUCUGCCCUGUAAACACAGCACGUGUCUUGUUUCUUCCCCUUCUCCCUUAGGAAUGUAAUAAUCCUUGUUGCAAUGCCUCUAAUUGCUCUCUGAAGCCUGGUGCUGAAUGUGCCCAUGGAACUUGCUGUCACCUCUGCAAGGUGGGGUUACUUGGUUCCUCUCUGUACAGCACAACAAAUAAAGGUUUGCUUUUCUGUUUAUAGGACAAUAAAUGAGAAGGAGAGGGAGGGAGACUGUGACCUUGUUCUGUCUGGGGCUGGUUUGCAUGUUAGAUUCACACUUCUUUUGGGAAACCCAGGUAUAAAAAGUACUCCACUUUAAAUGGAAGAACACAUGCAUAGCACUUUCAACGGUAAACUGGGCACAGGGGUUGAAAUAUGUGGCUUUCCUUAUAGCAAAUGCAGAAACAGCAAACCAAGUGAUCAAGCCCCACUUCUGCAGUCACCGCAGGGAGACCUGGUCAUUUAAAUAUGCACAAACCUUUUGACAAUGCCACAAGUGUAUUUUGCUAGCGUCAGGCUGGAUUUUUAUUGAAAUGCCUUCUGUUACUGCUGGACAGAAAUCUACAGGUGUUUGUGUGCCUAGGCGAGACUGUGAAAGAGCCACCUAUUUUCUCAUCUUGUGGGAAACCUACUCCUCAGACCCAGCCCCCCGCCCGCCAGCUGUUUUGGCUUAUACUGGUGCCGCCUUGUGAUUAUGGGAUAUAGCAACUGCAAGUGGAUGGCUUGUCUUUCAAAGCAGGCAACUGGCUGGUGUGGGGCCUCCCUGCUCGAUUCUAUUACCAGUUAUUGGUAUUUCUUUUUCUGCGCUGCAGGCGCCUCAAUGCUAGGGAGACGAAACAUGUACUUAGGCACACAGAGGCUGUUUUCCAGGGGGAUUAAACUGCCUUGUAUCUCGCUUAAUAGCUUUCUGUUCUGCUUUACACUACCCAAAGCUGAAUUCCUUUGCCAGCCAACCGGCUGAUAAAUCUGUAGCAGUAGGCUCGGGUGGGGUGCAGAUGCCUGUGUCUCAUUUUACGUCUCAGUUUUCCUAGGCAAGUGUAGUUAAAAUAGUCUUGGUAUGUUAACUGCUUCCAUGCUCCUCUCCAAAUGCCGACUUCCAUUAGAAUCAGGUGCCUGGUGCAACCCAGUCAGAUGGGCGGCACAUCAUCAUCAUCACCACUGCACAUGUUGGCUCUGUUUGUGGCCAAUUUAUCAGGUCCAGCCGUUCUCCAAGAAAGUUCCAUAUUUUGCAGACAACUGUAACAUUUUAAUCCUCUCCAUCAGUUUCAGGGAAUCCUUUGUCUUCCAGAUGUUGCUGAACUACAACUCCCAUCAGCCACAGCCAGCAUGGCCAAUGGCCAGGGAUGAUGGGAGUUGGAAUCCAUCAGCAUCUGGAAUGCCAAAGGUUCCCUACACCUGCUCUACAUGGUGUCAGCUGCCUACAGCCGGAACAAGGCUGACAAUCACUGUACUUUAUAGCAGUCACCGUAGCCCUGAUGAUGGUGAGGAGCAGCUGUUAGUCCUUCAGAGUUCUGCACACAAGAUUCAUUGUGUUUUGUGUGAGCACGGAUACUUCUCUUCCUUCCUGUCAUUGUGCUGAAACUUUACGUUGUGCCAGCAGUAUAUUCCAGGCACUGUGCAGAAUACAGACAUAGGCUGCUCCCUGUCCUUCCCAUCUAACCUGGUGCUGUCUACUCUGGCUAGUAACAGAAGCUCCUCAGUGGUCUUUACCAGCACUGCUGUCUGAGUGGGAUCUUUUAAAAAAUGGAGAUGUUGGGGAUCGAACCUAUGUCAUUAAGGACAAACAAGGGUGCAGCAAUGCCCAGAAGCCACCCUCCUGUCACUGCUGCUGCUGCUGACCAAUAUAGUGUGCCCACAAGGUUGAGGGACUGCUGGAUUGAUGUAAUAGGUACACCAAUGCAUACCUAUUCAAACUGGUAUUCUAUAAAAUCAUAAACCUUAGAAGAAGUUAUGGGAAACCAACAGGCCGAAAGAUGAACCUGUUCACUUAAGUCACCAGGUGUGCUUACCUGAGUUUUACCCUGGAGCAACUCUUUUAAUUGUUUCCUCUUUCUUUAGUUGAUUUCACCAGGGACUCUUUGCCGGGAACAAGCCAGACCUUGUGACCUGCCAGAAUACUGUACAGGCAAAUCCCCGUUCUGCCCUGCAAACUUCUACCAACUGGAUGGCACUCCUUGUGCGAGUGGCAGGGCGUAUUGCUACAGCGGAAUGUGCCUCACGUACGAACAGCAGUGCUUGCAGCUCUGGGGAUAUGGUAAGGAAGGACAUGUGACUAAAUGGAGUGGGGGGCUUUUCAAACAGCAUGGGGUCUAGGGAAGGGAAGGAGCAAAUCGUUCCCCUGCUGAUAUCCUGAGCUUGAGGGAUGGAGCUGUAUUAGGACAGAGGAGCAGGGAAAAUGAUAGAUUGGGGAAUGGACUUUACAUCCAUUGAGUCUGCUGUGACCAGAUGCAACCGUGACUUGUGUGCUCUUAAUAGUUAAGUAGAAUGAAUUUUAGCAGGAGCAGCUUCUCCUAUCACAGUGCAGUAGGUUCAAGGGAAAUUACAUAUGCUAAAAUCCCUUCUGCUACACAGCCCUGUCCCUGGUUGAAUAUGAUCAACCUAUGGGUCCAUACCUUUAUUGUGGCUGGUAGCAGUCCAACCAAAUGGAACGAGGAAAACCAUUCCUUUUACUCUACCAGUAAUUUUCUAUCCAGAUUGUCAAAAACUGAAUCUCCUGGUCUCUGAAAAUUAUGGAAGACAUUGCCUUUUAAAUAAAUAUGGUUUUAGCAAACAAUUUAAUCUUGGUCCCCACUUUCCUAUUUCUUGCCUAUGAUAUUUUGAAUGGUGGGGAAUAGCUUUUUGAAUUUCUUCACAACCACGUGGAACAAAAAACCUUUAGAAGGAGUAUGGAAUUCUCAUGAUUCCACAUACCAAGAAAAGUUGCUUCGUAAGCUACGUGUGGAGCACAUUACACAUAUCUCUUACAUUUCCACUGUUUGUAGCAAUCCACUGUCAUGCUAGCCAGUUUUUCCUCAAACUUGGGUCCUCAGCUGUUGUUGGACUACAACUCCUAUCAUGCCUAGCUAGCAGGACAAGUGGUCACGGAUGAUGGGAGUAGUAGUUCCACAACAGUUGGAGACCCAAGUUUGAGAAAUGCUAUGCUAUCCUGUGCCACAGGGGGAGUGAUACUGAUGACGUAUCUCGUAUGCCUCGGUUUCUUAGUGUUGCUGUUGGGUUUUUUGCUCUUCACCUGUAAACGACAAUAGAGAGUUCACAUCUACUGCCAUGGUAGAAAGUUGGUGGUUGGCAGAUUUGGGUAAGCUACUAUCUUCCACAAAAAUCAGUUACAUGAAUCUCUUCCAUGCAGGAGCAAGGCCAGCACCUGACAUCUGCUUUGAGAGGGUUAAUGCUGCUGGCGAUUCCUAUGGGAACUGUGGGAAGGAUAUCAAUGGCCGAUACAGGAAGUGCAACUUAAGGUAGAAAGCAGAUCCAACUAUGCUGGGUGGGAUUGGUGUCCUUACAGGUUAAAGGCUUAAAAAUAACCAGUUUUCUAUUGUAACUGGCUGAAGAUGACUUCUGGUUUCUUAGGAAUUUUGUUAGCAAUAUUCAGUUGCUUAUAUUGAAUAUUUUAGUGAAUGUUCAUGCCAUGUGAACGUAAACUAUUCUUUCGGGUCACACUUUUUCAAAAUAUCCUUCCACUGGUUUUCUGAGUGUGUGGUUUGCAUCUAAAGAAAAGCAGCAUGACUUGUGAGUAAGCCUACUGUGUGAAAUGAACUGUGUGAGGUGCUCGUUUGUGAACAAAUCUGCUACUUAGAAAAGAGUGGGCCCAGCUGGCCACCCCAGGUACUACUUAUUGAUGGGUUGCCACCAAUCUUUUAAGGAGGAAGCUUAGGUGAUCCCUCAUGAGAAACUCUAAUGAGAAACUUUAUUUCUCAAAACCAAGCCUGACUCUAAGCAUUGACUCCUUUGAGGCCGAUCCCAAGAUAUAUCCAGGGAAAAGUUGAUGCAAAUACACCAUUAGUUGUGCCUAAGGAACGUUAGCGCCUGGUCCCAUAGAAAGUUCUCUGUCUCAGAUUUGCUCAUUUUGUAGAAUGGAAAUGAUAGUUUCUUGAAUGUGAAGAAAAGCUGAGACUUUAGCCAGAAUGCUCAGGUUCUCAUGCACUAUUUUCACUUUCCAGAGAUGCUAAGUGUGGCAAGAUACAGUGCCAAAGUUCUGCUUCCAAGCCUUUGGAGUCCAAUGCUGUUGCAAUUGACACGACUAUCACAUUAGACGGAAGGAACAUAUUCUGUCGUGGGACUCACGUAUACCGAAAUGAAGAUGAAGGUGACAUGUUAGACCCGGGCCUUGUGAUGGCAGGAACGAAGUGUGGUGACAGUCAUGUAAGUGCAGGUUGCCUACAAUGCUCUGGCACCUUUUCCAACUGUGCGCUAUGAAGAGAGCUCAGUUUGUUUUGUUUUCAAAGCACCUGAGUGGUGCCACUUUUUCAGAGGUUUGAUACAGCUUUGAAAAAGAAAAAACAAUAACAAGUGGAACUCUCUUCAGAAAUGAGUGUCAGGAACCAGAGCCAGGAGUAGGUCAGAAGAAAAAACACCAGUUCCAGUGAAGUUAGCUCUUUAUUCAAAGAAACCAAAAUAGCACAGGCCUAGUGAUCACAGCAACUCUUCCCAGUAGGUCUCGCCCCAGUGAGGCAGUUGCGAGGACUGAAGGUCACCACCUUGCCACCACUCUGUAAGGUUCCUCUUCAACUUCUUUCCCCCAGCAGCCUAAGGUUCUGUUUUGUCUCUCAUUGCUCUGUCCUCCUAAUUUCUCUGCAUGUUCUGGGAGACCAGGAAGGACACGGAGCUGGUCAUAGUAGGAGCGGAGGACUCCCUGGCUUCUUCAGCAGCUUACUUCAUCUCUGUCCCAUGCCCCCUUCCUCUUCUGCCUCUGAUUCUGGACUGCUCUCUGCCCCAUGCUCUUCCUCCUCACUAAAUCCUGUUGCCGCUUCAGCUUCUGACGCUUCCUCCUCCCAAUCUACUCCCUCUUCUCCCUCGGACCACCCAUUGUCGUCCCACCACCACUUCCCCUGGCUCUGAGUCUUCUUCCCUUGGGGGUUCCCUAGCUUGUGCCUCCUGCCAUCCAACCAGUCCAUGACAAUGAGUGUGCUCAUUGUCAUGUGCUUGUUGGAAAGCAGCUCCAUGUGGGAGGGAAUGUUGUCAACCCCCAAAUUUGAUCCCUUGUAUCCUUUUGAGAACUGUGCUCAAUACAAGGGAAUGCUGUGAGGCUUGAGGCUGGUUGUGUUUCACCAGCUCCACCACAUCAAAUGUUGGGUGGAACACUACAGAUCUGUGAAAGCAAAAUAAUUCUUGUUCAGCCUCAUGUCAGCAGAUCAGCAAGCUGUGGAGGGGAACCACAGAACAAUAAUAAUUGGCUUUUGCCAUUCUUCCACCACCUUUUGACUUCUGUUUGUUCCACCACUCCAGCAGCUACCAAGAGCAGCAGUAUUAUCUGCGGAGUGAAGUAAUGGAUGCAGCUUUGAUUAUCUCGCAGCCUAGGAAUACAUUUCAUAGCACUGCUUCAGUUUUAUCCUGAAUGCCUGUCUUCCUCCUACAGAUUUGCUUUGAAGGGCGAUGUAGAAACACCUCCUUCUUUGACACUGGAGACUGUGGGAAGAAGUGCAAUGGCCAUGGAGUGGGUAUCUUGGUUUCUGCCUUCUUAAUACGAAACUCUGUGCUACUUGCCCAUUCAACUAGUGAUUUUUAUUUCUAUCUGUAGGAGGAAAUAUAUGUGAUUUCACUGACACAUGCAGUGCCUCAGAACACAACCCCUGCAUAAAUAGACAAACUGAUGUGAGCAAAGCUCAACUGGUUUAGACCCUGGCCCACCUCAAAAAAAUUAAAAUUUGUUUAUAAAUCCACUGAAAACUGAGUCCUCCUCCAUAGCUAGUGUUACUCCAGAACAUCUGGAGGGCACCAUGUUAGCUGCUCUGCCCUGUGGCCUGCUAGAAUGGCUUCCUGUACAACUGCAUGCAUUUAUGGAUGGGCUUUCAAACAUAGAUGUCUAAUUGAGGUCUUCAUGGAUUUGUUUGACAUAGGAGGAUUGUUGAGUGUUAUGUAGACCUUGAAUACCAUGUGUUGGAUGUGCUAGCUGUUCUUAAGCCAUGUUGCAGUUUUUGAGAAGAAGCUAUCCACACCAAUCAUGGCCAGACAAUGUUACGGGAAACAUUUGCUGGGAGGUUAAAAAUAGUGGAAAGUCAGUUUGGUCCCAUUUCGGGAAUGUGCAUAUAUCCCAGUAUACUUUUGAAGGGUGAAAACAUAUCCAUUGGAACUUGGUUGGUAGAAAUGAUAGGAAUUUCCAUUGCAAUUCUUAGGAAGGCUGGGUGGUAUUAGACAUGACUUUUUUGGGGUGGGGGUGGGGGAGAUGAGACAUUCUUCAUAUAGAUGUAGUGUUGUUGAGCCCUAACAGUUGUCAACAGAAGGUGCAAGCGCUCCUUACAAAUCCACCCUGCUGUGCAUUUGGAUUAGAAUGAUCAUAGUGUGUGAUGUUUUGCUAACAAGGAAAGGGUAAUGUCAAAUUUCCUCAUCGUUCUCUCUACAGAUUUGCAACAACAACCAGAACUGCCAUUGUUUCAGUGGAUGGGCACCUCCAUUUUGCAAUAAACCUGGGAAUGGAGGAAGCCUGGACAGUGGGCCCAUGCCUCAAAAAAGUGGGUGUGACUUAUGUUAUUUGGGGAAAUUAAGGAAAUCUGAAGGGGGUGGGAGGGAAUUAAGGUAACUAGAUACAAUAGAGGCCAAGGGAACCUGUACCUAUAUUGCUGAAUGGGCGAUGGAAUUUGGCAGGUGGCGUUUUUGUCAUAACUCCAGAUUCCAGCAGCUAUAGAAAACUGCCUUAUAAUGAGUCAGAACAUCGGUCCAUCUGGCACAGUAUUGUCUACACCAGCCUUUCUCAACCUUGGGUCCCCAUAUGUUCUUGGACUACAACUACCAUCAUCCUUGCUAGCUAUGGAUGAUGGGAAUUGUAGUCCAACAGCAUCUGGGGCCUCACAGCCUGGAUAGUUGCUGCUGGUCUGCUACACAGACCAGCAGCAGCUAUCCAGGAUGUGAGGAAGAAGUCUGUCCCAGAUCUACCUGAAGAUGCCAGGGAUUGAACCUGGAACCUUCUGUUUGCAAGGCAUGUGCUGUACCACUGAGCUAUGGCCCAGAGACUCCCACUAAGGAGCUAGACCAGCUGCUGGAGACUGGGACACUGUUGAGUCUAAGACUGACAGACAGGAGCCAAUAGAAGGAGCUCCCAAGUCACCAGGGCUUGUAGGGCCAGAGCUGAGACCCUCACAGGCACCUUUCCCUGAGUCUGUAGGAACCAAAUGCAUCCUAUAGUACCUUACCCACCCAGCAGUGCAGGGAGCACACACCUGGCAUGAGGCUAUGGAAUGGGGAGGAGUGCUCACCUUCAGGCCAAAGGGUUGACCCUUUAAUAAUCCACAAGGGGGUAGAGCCUGGAAGGGGUGGUAUGAGAGUAGAGGUUUAAAACCUGGUUGGGGCAAGUUGCUCUCUUGGAGCUGUCUGUGGUCCUGUAACUCCAAACCUACCUUUAAUUGUGGCAUCUGGCAUCUGGGCAAGGCAAGUUCCUGGGCAACAUUAUGACAUAAGUAGAAGUUACUGAAAUUCCCUCUUCCACUCACUGGUCACCAUGGUAUGGGGGUGGGGAAAACGAUGUGAAAGGAGGACUUAUAACAAUAUUGAUAUGUCUAUUUCCCCCCCUCUCAGGUCCUUUCCCAAUCAUAAUAGGAGUCCUUUCCAUCUUGCUUUUGAUUGCAAUUGGAGUUGCUUUUUGCUGCUAUAAAUGGAGAGCCAGGCUUGUGCCACUAAAGCAGGCUUUCAUUCCUCCAAAGAAAAUGCAGCAGUUCAGGUGAAUAUUUAUAGUAUGACAGUAACAGAUGUGUUUCCAUUUCUGAUGCCGGGAUAAAGAAGUCUGGGAUUGCAUGUGCAAGUUGCCUUGCGCACCAUGCACCUUGGAGAAAGGCCAGGAUACAGAUAUACUGAUAAACAAAUGUCUUUCUUGCAUAUGCAACAACAAAGAUAUAGAUACUGAAAAGGGAAGGUGUUUAAACUAGUUCCUUUCUUCUUUUAGGAAAUUCCAAUUACUUCCCACCUCAGACAUUUAGCCCAUUUAGUGUUCAUCAUGCAGAGACUUCCUGCUGCAAAAUUUAGUUUAGAUUUAUCAACAGUACUCACUGCCUGUAAAUGAGCCUGAAUUAUUGCAGUUGAGUUGGCCAGAUUAUUAUAAUUAUUAUUUAUAUUUAUAUUCACUUAUUAGUCUCCUUUUUUAACUUACAAAAAAUAAACUCAAAUCAACUUACAAUAUAUAUUGGCCUCUUGCAAAAACGUUCCAAUAAUCUAAAUUAGGAUAGAAUGGGAGCCAGACAUCUCAGUCUCGCUCCCAUUCUAUCCUAAAUUAGAUUAUUUGGGUUUGUUGUUUUUGAUACAUGAUUCUGACUCAGCUACAUGAAAUGGUUAAAUAUAUACCACGAGAGGCAGCUUCCUUGUAAUAUUUGUUUCCUAUUGUUUUUCCCAAGCAGUACCUCUCCUCCCAUUCAGAGUGGUGCGACUGGGCAUGCCAACCCAGCCUUCAAGCUGAAAACCCCCCAGGAACAGAGAAAGGUACCUGAAAGCUGAAACUACUUACAGCUGCCAUGUUGAAUAACACUUGAUCUUCUCUAUACAGUAGAACCUUGGUUCUCGAACAGCUUAGUUGACAGAUAAAUUGGCUCCUGAACGCCGCAAACCUGGAAGGAAGUGUUCCAGUUUACGAAUGUUUUUCAGAAGCCAAACAUCCGAGAUGGCUUCUGCUUCAGUGCAGGAAGCUCCUACAGCCAAUUGGAAGCCACACCUUGGUUUUCGAACAGUUCUGGGAGUCAAACAGAUUCCUGGAAUGGAUAAAGUUCAAGAACCAAGGUACCACUGUAUUCCUAACCCACUAUUGAUCCAUGCUGAUAAUUCCCAUGCAUUAUAAAACACAUGAUCCAAUCAAUCAAUCAAUCAAUCAAUCAGUCAAUCAAACUGCAAAGCUGCUUCUCUUGCUACAUCCUAGAGACACAAGGUGAAAGUGAUUGUUUAGGGAACCUCUUUGGGCUCUCGUGAGCACCUUUUCUCACGGUAAAUGAUUGCCUGCAAGCGUUUGAUCCAGCAUGAAUGUAUUAAUGUCAAUGUUUUAAAGAAUUCAUUUGUAUUGUUUAUAUUAGAUGUAACUCACCCAAAGGGCUUUAAUGGAGCCAAGUAGUGGGAAAGAAAUGGCAAAAAUUCAUAAAUAACCACAAGGAGUGCUCAGGGAACAAAAUGUAUAUGGGACCAGGACUUUGUGUACCUUUAGAGAACACACACGCACACUAAAAAUUCCUGGGCACUGCAGUUUACCCACCACAGGGCUACAAUUCCCAGCACCCUUAACGUACUAUAGUUAUUCUACUAUUCUUGGGGGAUGCUUUAAAUGCAUGGUGUUUGUAAGCAGCACUGAGAUUGUGUGGUUGGUUAAUAAAUCUGUUCAUAUUGGGUCAUUUGAAAUGUCUCAGCAGGAGUAAACCUAGACAACAUAAAUGCAGUAGUGAUUUUAGAAAGAUCAGCUGCUCUUUGUGUGAUUGCAUGCAGGCUAUUGGCAUACAGAAUAUCCCUGCAAAGCCUGAAGUGCUCUACUGUGAACCACCUCCAGAGCUCAAACUUCAUGCGCAACCACCACCACCACCACCACCACCUGCUCUCCCAGCUAACACAAAGAAACCGACCUUUCUCAGGUAUCAGAGUGAGGCAAAUAAUUUCCCCAAGCGAACUCCUCCAAGCAGGCCAGCGCCACCAGCACCAAAAGUCAUUGUUUCUCAGGUGAGUAUUUUUAUACGGAUUGAUAUCUUUACACCUGUGGAAAUAACUUGUUCCCACAGCUUGAUAAAAAUAGAGUGAAUACGUGAGUUAAUGGUGCCUAUGAGCUGAUUUUGGCCUUACUAUUGGUAAGGUAAAGGGUAAAGGGACCCCUGACCAUUUGGUCCAGUCGUGACCGACUCUGAGGUUGCGGCGCUCAUCUCGCUUUAUUGGCCGAGGGAGCUGGCAUACAGCUUCUGGGUCAUGUGGCCAGCAUGACUAAGCCACUUCUGGCGAACCAGAGCAGUGCACAGAAACGCCGUUUACCUUCCCGCUGGAGUGGUACCUAUUUAUCUACUUGCACUUUGACAUGCUUUUGAACUGCUAGGUUGGCAGGAGCAGGGACCAAGCAACGGGAGCUCACCCCGUGGUGGGGAUUCGAACCACCGACCGUCUGAUCAGCAAGUCCUAGGCUCUGUGGUUUAACCCACAGCGCCACCCGUGUCCCUUUACUAUUGGUACAUAUUAGUAAAUGAGGGCUAAUAAAACUUUAGUAUAGUUAAUUAUGCUUCAGCAUGUAAAGAUGCACUUGGUAGAAGCAGGACAGGUAUUGCUCCUCCCCACCAACUGUGUAUAUCAACACUGAAAAAACACAAGUAUAGCUAUAUUGGCAUACAUCCUGUUGCCAGUUGGCUGUGCUUCAAAUGAGCUCAGCCCCAAACUUUUCCAUGUGUUUUCACAUGCAAAUGAAUUAAGGCCAUAUUUUUCUUUUCUGAAAAGGAAAUCCAGACUUUUGCCUUAUUACAUGCAUUUCUGAAGAAUAAAAAUGCACUGCUCUAUUUUCCUGGUGCCUAACAUUUCUGUAGAUCAUAAAGCAGGGAAUAGAGAUAACAUAGAGUUUUGCCCAUCCUGGCAACUGGAUAGUUGGAAGGUGGUUGUUGUUUUUUAAAAGAAGAUCCCUGCUAGAUCUUACUUUCUUGUCCCAGGAUUCUUCCAGACCGCGACCACCUCAGAAAGCUCUUCCUGCUAAUCCAGUUCCUGCCAGCAACAGAGCUGGGUUGCCCAGGAUGAAGGCAGCAGUACCGCCCCCCUACAGUGCUGUAAGGAAUACGAGAGUACGUCAGGAGGUGAGACAUAUAAAGGACAGCAGGUGCUAUUAUUGCCCAAGAGCUAUGUAGCAAUAUACUUCAGACCAGAACUCCACCGCAUUCAGUGUCAAGUAUUCAAUCUGUGGCCUGGUCAGCUGACUAUGAGAUGUUGGGGAUUGUCAAUCUGGGCCAGCUCCGUUUUUCUUUGAGGGACAGGGAGCAGCUACAUUUGACUGUUUCUGUCAUAUAUGAAGGCAUUUACAAAUACUGUAGGUUUUUUGGGUGGGUGCUUUAGAAAGAAGAAUCCAAUGUGAGUAGGCUUCCUCCAUCCUCUCCUUCCACAGCCCCCAGCUUGUAACACAGAACUCAUAAAACUACAGUGGCACCUUGGUUUAAGAACAGCCCUGUAUAUGAACUCAGUAUACGAACUCCACAAAACCGGAAGUAGUGUUCCAGUUGGCGAACUUUACCUCAGUCUACGAACAGAAUCUGAACAGUGGAAGGGCACCGGCAGUGGGAGGCCUCAUUAGGGAAAACGUGCCUCAGUUUAAGAAUGGCUUUGGUUUAAGAAUGGACUUCCAGAACAUAUUAAGUUCAUAAACCGAGGUACCACUGUAUAUAUAAUUAAAGCUGAGAUUCUUUUACACUGGUACCUCGGGUUAAGAACUUAAUUCGUUCUGGAGGUCCGUUCUUAACCUGAAACUGUUCUUAACCUGAGGUACCACUUAAGCUAAUGGGGCUUCCCACUGCCGCCGCGGCCGCGCAAUUUCUGUUCUCAUCCUGAAGCAAAGUUCUUAACCCAAGGUACUAUUUCUGGGUUAGCGGAGUCUGUAACCUGAAGCGUCUGUAACCCGAGGUACCACUGUAGUUAGGAGCAAGUCCUAUUACAGGCAUCCCCAAACUUGGCCUGCCAGCUGUUUGGGGACUACAGUUCCCAUCAUCCCUGACCACUGGUCCUGUUAGCUAGGGAUGGUGGGAGUUGUAGUCCCAAAACAGCUGGAGGGCCAAGUUUGGGGAUGACUGUUCUAUUACAUUCAGUGGGCCUUAUUUCUGAAUAAACACAUAUAGAAUCGGUCGAUAACUGUGAAGUGAGAACAGUUACAAGAGACUGAAGUAUUUCCAUUUAAGAGGUGCUGUUCUUCUCUUGCUUCUCUUACAUAAAUUAGCAUCCAUUGAACUCACAAUCAUUUUCCCUUUCCUAGAAUUCAGUCUUGAAGAAUGCUGAAGCUGUGAAUACCCUGAAGUUUAGACAUUGAAGGUCAUCUUGCAACUCUGAACUACACACCGGUUCCUCCUGCCUUGACCUGGGAUUUCCCAUGGGCUUUGUUUCCAGGAAGAAGACAUGCUGGGCAUGUGCAAAUCUCAACUUCCUCCCCACCCCCCAGCCUUGUAUGACUAGCCGAGACCAAUUUCAGGUCCGGUUCUAGUGACUUUGGCACAGGUCGAUGCCACACCCUUGGACGUCAGUGGGGAUUCUAUCCAUGCAUGCCAAGGUUAAUGUGACCUGCUUUGCCUUUUGGAUAUUUGUUCAUUACAGGAGUUACUUGUUUAAAAUAGCACUGGUGUGUUAUAGUGCAAUAUGCAAUGUGCUGGAACGGAAGUGGGAGAAGCCUCUAUUUCUCCCAGCAAUUCAUUAUCGCCUCAACAGAAGACAAAUGUAUUUUAGUCAACACUGAGCCACCGCAUCCUUCUCAGCUUUUCCAGCUUUGUUACAACCACAGACAAUCCUAUGGGGAAGAGAGUGUUGUGGUGCCCCUGUGAUGACCUCAUCUCCUCCAAAGUACUGUAUGGAGACGUAGUCUGAGCUUGUGGAAUUUUGCUACAUACUGACUAUAUUUAUUCCCUCUUUUAAGGAAUCUCCCAGGGUUCAGUGCUUUACCUUUGCCCUCUUACACCAUCACCUUCUUAGCCCAAAGCUUUUCUGGUCAUUACGUUCAAGGUUUGAAAGUGUUGGUGGCAUAACUAUGGUGAGUUCUUCCUCUGCUCUCAACCACCAUCAACCUUUAAAGUCUACUCCAUCCUGUUUGCAUGCGGCAUCUUAAUUAUAGGUUCUGCCCAUCCGCACAGAGUGCAAGGCGGGUUUUGUGUGGCGGCACACUGUUCCCAUGACACCCUAAAAGAAAUGUACUCUACCAAUCAACCAAAUAUUAGCAAGGCAUUUUAAGAAUUUCCUAGAAUUAAUUGCAGCUAGUUAUCUGUUUUUGCGUGCUACAUCUUGUUCAUAUAAUCAAGUACACUCAGCUUAGUUUUUGUCUAUUUCUGUUUCAUUUGGAUUGGGCUUGCUCACUCAGGAAAUUGGUGCCACUAAUUUACCUGAGGAUAGUUAUCCUCUCCUGAUGUGAUAAUCUUGGUUGAGAGUUUACACUCUCAAGCUAAGGCUUUGAAGCCUAUAGCUGGUGGGCAGGGUUGAAUACCAUAGCCCUAAAUUAAUACCAGCCAGCCUUCCCCAACCUGGUGCCCCUUGAUGUUUUGAACUACAACUCCUAUCAAUCCCUAACUAGGGUUGUUUGGGAGUUAAGGUCAGAAACAUCCUGGGUGCACCAGGCUUGAGAAGGCUGAUCGAAACCAACAUUGAGUAAUUUGGAAAUAACCCUUGGUUAAAUCUCUGUGUAACUGGAAUUCCCUUUGCAUCUUUCCAAUUUGGGGCUGGUGUAAAAUGGAUUACCAAUGCAAAUUUACAAUGUGAUCAAGCCCUCGGACAAGGUACUACAGGUGCUAUAAUCCUAAUACUCUUUUCCUAUUACUACAGUGGUUUGCUGCAUCUCACUUGAUUCAACAAAAAAUCAUAGGCUGUGUGCCUUCUUUCUAGCCUCUGUAUUCCAAUUCACCUGUAGGCACCUAACUGGGUGCCUUAACACAGUUCAGCUGGCUAAAUAGAAAAAUUAACUCAUGGUGCUUUUACCAUUGGGUAGCUGAUUAAACCCCAGCUAUUUUAAUACUGUAACAGGAUACCAUAGUGCAUAAAUAACCUCAACUUCCAAAUAUGCAGCUGCAACAUUGUUACCAGUCUGAAGCUUUAUGAAUGUGUUCUCAGGUUUUAGGUGCUUUUGGUGCUUUUGUUGAACCGGUGAUAUUUUUUCAGUUGGCUUUGCAAAUAUGCUGGUGCUAAAAAUGAGGAACUGUUUUGUCUAUUACCAUGAAUUGUUAGGAAACUUGAAUCAAAACUGCCGUAGCCAGUCUUAGAAAUGGGUCUAGGUGCUGUUUAUGCAGAGACUUUCUGUUUUUUUGGCAGCAGUACAAACUGGUGUUUUCGGUUUUGUUUCUUUAAAAAAAAGGCCCUUUAGGCUUGGUUGUCGUCUUUCUAGAUGAACCAAAACAAUUGUAGCUCCAUGGCCCAAAACACUAUUUCAACAGUCCAAAACUCAGCUUGAGUACGCAAAACAAGGUUUCCUAGAAAUUUUCCCAAGUUGUGCACAGUGCAAUAAUCAAGUGGUAUCUUAACUAUGCAUGUACCUACAUUGCUCUCAUGUUACAGAAUAAGCAGUUUAUGCUGUCUGCUGCAUUAUCAAUAACAAUGCACAAGUGGUUUUGAGCACUGCAUUUCCCCCCCAAAUCCUCAGGUUGUGCUCAUUACGUUCUUCCAGUUCUAGCACAGAACUGGUGCCACAAAGAAUGGUCACUGGAAAUACAAUUAACGCUCCAAAACAUUUUUGGUCUAGUUUCAAAUAUCCCAAAUGAAUGGUUGUACACAUACUAGUGUGCUUUAAACACAUGCCAGCAGCCAUUUCAAGACAGAAGGUGUGCGUCUCUGAAAACAUAACAGCAUCCAUCCUGGUCUCUGUCUUUUCAGGUUAAGUCUCAGGCACUCAGUAAUCUUCCGUUCAGAACUGUCACAGGUGAAGACAAAACAGAUUUGUUCUGCUAACUUAGUACCUCCCUGAAGUCAUUGGCUUUGCUAGGUCUUGGCUUAUGCCAUCUCAGAAUACUCGGAAGAACAACUCGCUACAAUUUCAAGGGGAAAAAAUUAUUCAGAGCUGGAAGGUUAUCUUCCUCAAGGCAUUGCCAAAUCUCAAUCCGAGCUUACUUUUAAAAGCUCCACAGCAAAGAGAUCAGCACUCUGCUUUCCCCUCCCUAAUGCUGCCGAAAUGUGGCUGUGGGCCCUCUGUCCUCACCUGCUGUAGUGUGAAGGUAAAGUUUCCUUGGGUGCUACAAGAGAUGGCAGGGUAGAGAGGUGGUGAUAUGCAGAUGCUGCCCCAUGGAGAUAGCCCAGUUUUGCUGAACUUCUUCCUUACAAGAAGUUUUUAAAUAGACAGGUUUGGGAACUGGCACCCCUGCUUCAAACAAGGUUGAUGAGUGCAUCGGAAAUCGUUUUGUACUUUCGUGUGUAUGUUGAAAGGAUAGAUUGGGAGAAGAACAUUGUGGUUGCAGUCCUAUGCUCACUUACCAAGGAGUAAGGCCUUGUGAAUUCAGUGGGACCUACUUCCAAGUAAACACACAGGGCUGCACUCAGUGUUUAUUAAUUAUUAUUAUUAAUUAUUAUUAUUAUGGUAGAGCCUCUGCAUCAUGCGUCACCAUUUUAUGUCUCGCAGGUUUACAAUAUGAUCUCUGUGCAUCUAUGCAAAUACUUGAAUAAUGCAGUUUGUUGUGCCUUUUGCCUAGUUAUAUUUAAUAAAUUUUGUGGUCGAU